AUGUUUAAUGAUUUGCCGGGGAAAUAAGGUGUAGGAUUGUUGGUUGUUCACUUUGAAACCAGCAUUUGUUAUUUAAAGCAGCGCUGGAAACAGGAUACUGUAUGUAUUGCAUUUUUGGACAAAGAAUUUGAAAAGAUAAAUUAAGGGCAAGAUACUUGCAAAACAGUAAAUGUAGUGUAAAUUUGGAGAUAAUUAUCUCUGCAAAACGUUUAUUCUUCAGCAGAGACUUAACUACGCACGAGCCAACUUUAUUUCCGCCCGUCUGUCAAAGUAGCUGUCAAACACGGGCGCGAGGGGCUGUGCUCCCGCUGCUCCGUCAUUCAGGAAGUCCAGACCAACUGACAGCACUUCGCAAAGUCGCAUCGACAGCUUUAGAGUCGGACUUAAUAUUCCUGAAGUGCUUUUCAACCACGGCGACUUUCACAGAAGGUGAGUAGCUUUUUUUUUCUUCUUCUCUGUCUUCUUUGUGUUGUUGUGUUGCUGUCAGUUUGUUUCCUUCUAACGGUUAACGGCUCGCUCCGUUGCCUGGUGCUCUCUUAACUGAAAUGACACUUCCUCUUGUCUCAACGGCUAAGCUACGGUUGCUAAGUCUUGAGCAGUUAAAGUGUUUCAAUGCGGUUUAAUAGGUUGCACCUGAAGUUGUAAAUAAGCACCAGUGUGUGGCUUAGACGUUGUUCGGCUUGUUGUUUGAACGCCACUCCGCUCAGAGGUAGUGGAACAAGCACUCCGAGCCCGCGGGGGUUAAGUGCGUAGGUUUGCUGUUUAAACCGUCUUUGAACCAAGUGCGUGUUUGUUGAUUGAUGUGUUUCUGCACCUGCUACAAAUCUACGCUCAUAUUUGGAUACGUGCGUUGAGGACUGACGGAGGAGACGCUUUGCUGUUUGGUUUCUUCCUCAGGGGGUGAGUAUGGAGAGCAAACGGGUGACAGGUUGUAAUGAAGUGUGCAGCUGAGGGGGUUUAAAGCCGAUGAAGCGGCUGCACGCUAUGUAAACUUGUCCGAGGUGUUAUUUUAGCGCUGUCAUGCAAUGUGGGCCACACGUCUGCAUGAGUGUAUCACAUCUAAAACGACUGUGGUACCGUCCAUUGCAUCCUUCAUUGUUGUGAGUGAGAUUUUACUAUCAACGUACAGUCACAAUGGCUUCGAUUGAGACGCUGUAACGUCCACUACACAUGACCUGCACCGUCUUUUUACUACAUUUACUACAUCUCUCUGCACCCGUCCACUACUCGAAAAAUAUUCACAGCCUUAACGCGUUUGUUUUUUUCCAUGAUUGCAUUAUUAGUGUGCAUGCUUUUAGUGCAAAGAUAAUAAGGUCAGUGCGUAAUUUAUUUUUUUUCCUCCUGGUUUCGAUGCUACAUGCAGGCAUCACCUGCAUGUGAAACAGUGCUUGGUUAAAUAAGCACAGUUACAAAAGUAAAUGUAGGCUAACGUGACGCGCUCGAAAUGGCAGAUGCACACAGCAAGCUGAGGACUAAAACCCAAGCUGACCCAACAUGAUGUCAUCUCUAGUGAGUAGAGCGCAUGAGUGAGAGGAAGCAGUCCUGUGUCUCACUGCUAAACCGUGUCACUUGUCAAAGAUUUAUUCUCAGUACAGUCUCACCCCUUAUUCUUGAAAUGUUCACCUGCAUAUGAUAAAAGUCGAUUUUAUUACAGGUAAUGACUUAAUCUGCUCUCAAUCCGGAGGAGCCAAUGAGGGAAUGUGGAUGAAAAAUCAAUAGACUCAUAUUUACAUUUGUUUAGCUUAAAAGAGUUCAUUUGCCUCCCUUAGAUUGUGCUUAAGUGCUAAACUGUUGUCAGUCAAAAUAACAUUUUUAUUCAAAGCAGUUUGGUCAGAAGCCUAAAACAGACAUGUAUUUGUACAAGCGGCGUAGAGAUACACAUAUUUAUACUGAACCAUUCGACAUUGGAUGAGUGGAGGGCGUGAUUAUUUCUCGAGAGUAGACCAUGUUAUCUCUUUUAAAAAUCAGGAGAAAAAGGUUUCCCAAACAACACCAGGCAAAUGGUGUUGUUUGGUGUAAAAUGUCAUUUUAUGGAUAGGAAUUAAAAAUUCAAUCAUACAAUAAAAUCAUUAGGGUCUCUAAGUCUUUUUUUGUCAGGUCCAGCCCUUUGACAGCAGGUUUGAAUAGAAAGCACAGGCAACAAGGGCACAGCGGAUGUCAAUGGUUGAAUACUCCAUGGGACAUCUGUCCAUCUACGGAUCGUAUGUUUAACAUUAGAAACCGAUAAUGUUUUGUGUUUGUUUCAUCCACAUUUCUGUAUGUCUUCUGCAUAUUUACAGAUAGAGACCAAACAACCUAACCCUGAUAUCAGUAGUUGAAACCAUAGAGUGUGCAAUACGCAAAAUAAAGCUUCACAUUUAACAAAACUGAAUUCCCCGUUCAUGUCAUAGAAUACUGAAUGAUUUUACAGACCACCACCUCAAACAACACUACCUCUGAUUUGCCUCUUUCUCGACAAAUUAAAAUAGUUGCUGUUGUCUCCGUGUUAGUUGUCAAAAUCUUUUGACUCUAAUUCUGUUUGAAGGUAGAUGGCCCCUUGGACUGGCGUGUUAAUGUUGGAUCCAAUUUAAAAGACCCAUGGCAGUAGGUGGGCUGUGACCAUUACACAGUUUUAAACAAACAAAUGUAUUUUCAUUUGUUAGGGGAGCCUAAAUGAGCAUUUGUCAGUCUGUUUGUAUGGCAGUAGUGUUAAUUAGCAAUGUGGCAAUGUGCUGUCGGUAGUACUGGCAGCAUCUGUCUCAACUUUCAUGUUGGUGUUUUUGUGGCUCAAUAGCAUUGCAUGUGUGUUUGCUUUUACAGCCAUGCUCAGUCUUGGCAACUGUUAUUUUUUUUUCCUCUUCUUGUGCUUUUUUAUUCAGUUAGCAUUCUUCUUGUUAUUCAGCACAGUUAGCAAACAGCUUUUGCAUGUGCUGGUACGGGUGCUGAAUUACAAAAAUUGAAAAAGUUGUAAAUUUAAAGAUUGAAUAAAGUGUAGAUUAACUUGGAGAUUUUUUUGGUUAUUACUUUUGUGCAUAUUAAAAAAACGAUGAGAUGUUGCUAACAGAAAACUAAACUAGGAUGGGCCUUAAAGGGAUUCCAGUGUCAAUUCAAGUUAUGGUCAGACACACCGUAACACCAAGUUUGACACCCCCCUGAGAGAUGAAUUUUGCAGACCUCUUGCUUCUUUAGUUAUAUCAACUUCAGCAACGACUGCACGAUAGCAAUACACAGCGGUCUACGUCUCCACGUGCAAACCUCAACCAAAACGCCAUUCUAUAGCCACAAAUAAUGCUCAGAACAGCACCUAACUUCAUCAACAGUACAUGUAUCGUCCCAGCACAUAGUACUAGCUGUCAAACAUCUUUUUAGCUUUGCCUGGUCGCUUUAGCAAAGAGACUAAACACAACUCACCCACUCUCCUCCAGCAGCUGCUUGUUUGUAGGGGAGCCCUGACGAGUCAAUCACCGAGUGCAGUGGAUCAUUUCUACAGGGUAAUAAUGAUCAUAAUAAUCAUUUUUCACCUGUAUUUCACCAAAAUUAAUCUCUUUAGGGGGGGUCUAACUUCGGUUUCUGGAGAGUAGCUGAAGUGUGUCUGUGCCUGUCCUCUGAAAAAAAAAGGUAUCCAUAAUGUGGCAGAAAAGACCUCUGAAAUUUGUUUGCCAAACUAGAAAUCUGCCUACAUGGUUAUAUUUUCAUUUUAUUAUAUCUAUUCAAAGUUAAUUUUUUGUUACAUUUUAUUUAAAAUAUUAUAAAAGACAUUUGGGACAUUGAAUUCUGAGCUGUGCUCGUUCUCUGUACUCUUUCUUCUUAUCUUUGCUUAUAUUAUCUUAACGCAUGGAGAUGCAAGAGCACAAAACAAACAGAAAUAGGCUUUCCUUACCUGGUUAGAGUGGACGAUAGCAUCGUGAUUUCAUGGUGUGGUCUAUUGCGGUGAUCAGACUGGAUCUCGUUCCCAGAUGACCUGAUCUCAUUAUCAUAAGAAAACAAACUUUUUCAAAAAAUCUUAAAAUAAUGAUGUACAGUCGGUUUGAUAAUCCCUUUUUUCCUAACCUGAGAUUGCAAAAACAAUGGCCAAGAACUUGAGAAAAUGACUUGAAAUUACAAGGUUAAUAAGAUGUGUGAAUGCAUGGUUGCUCAGGGCUACCGUAGUGGGGGCACUUUUGUCUUCUACCCAAACUUUGACAUUACAUCUCUCAACCUAUUUGCUGACAAAACCUCGUUCAAAGGUUGCUCAAAUGUUGUGCAAGACUUCUCCCUUGUUGACAUCACCCAUAUCUGCUGGGAUGCACAGCAAUCCAGUGGCCACACAUCCAGAGGGGGAACAGAAAGAGGCCCACUUCCUUGUUAUGGAUGGUAACCAAGGCAGAUAACAAUUAAACAUUGCAGGGUGCUUGGUAAAUAUUCACUCAUAAUACCAAACAAUAUUUUUGUUAAUUUUGUUGUUUCUUUUCGAGUUUCAGACAUGAGUAAGAGCAGCAAUAUGUUGUCUCUUCAUCUAUUUUUUUUUCUUUUUGCAAUGCAUGCUAUUUAUCACAAGAUUUUUAAACCUAAGAAAUCCAAGAAGUCAGCAAGAGUUCAUUUUUUAGCCACAGGUUUUUUUCCCAGUAUAUGUAGAUGUUUGUUAUUAUUUUUAUUUUUAUUUUUUUUAAUGGAGCCUGAUGUUCUCCUCUGCUGCUGUCUGGCGUUUGGGUGACAGGGGUCUCUGUAUACAACACGACAGAUAGGCCGAGGCAGUCAUAAGCAUACUGCUAACAGUCAUGUCUUUUUAUAGAGCUGUGUGAGAGAUUAUUGAGACAUUAGCCAGGGGUCUUCUCAUGAAUUUGCACAAAUCCCUUUGGUGUUGUGCACGCUGAUGGAUGCACUGGGAAAGGACACAUCAGCUGCUCUUGAUAACUGGCUGAUGUGGCUGUCAGACAUGGGGGGGGGGGCUCCUUCUUAUGAGCCAGACAUUCUCACUGAGGCCCUGCUAUCACCAAAGGCACCGUGAUUUAAAACACCCGUCAAAAUUAGACUUCAGUCAAAUGAUCAGAAUUGAAUAACAAUUUGGAUAAUAUUUGCCCAGAAUGCAACACACUCUGCUUUACAAAUCUUUUUUUAUUUAUUGUACCAGCUAUAGCUGCCUUUACAAGGUGCUUGCUUUGCCGUUAGCGCGCUUAGUGUUAAGGAUUGAGGGUCACAUCAACCCUAGAACAUUUGGAUAUUUUUGGCAAACAGAUAUAGUUUAAAAACUGCAUGAUAACUGAAAAUGGAGAUCUGAAAUUACUUACAAUGUCUAAAAAGUCAACGUGCUGUUUGUUUUCUUUUAAUAGAGGACUUGUCUAACACUAAAUGGCUGAUGCUCUGUAAUAUGGGCUUUAGUGAAUUAUAGGUUUAACCUCUGUGCAUCUGAACGAUAGCGUCUUCUUCUUCAGCGCUCUUGUACUGUGCCGGUUUUCUAAUGCAAUCUCUGUCAGGCCCAGUCAAAUCCUAACAUGCCUUAUUCAAGAAAAACCAGGAGGCACACAGGCAGUCCUUCCAGAAACCUGGGACAGUUUUAUCUAACACACACGUCUCACACACACACAAACACUUCUUACAGCCUCCUCUGGAUAUUGUGACCCAGAAGUGAUGUCUGACUGCAGUUGGUGACUCUUUCUUCCUCCCCCUCCUCUUGUGGGGGUCGUGUAAAAGUCAAAGAUAACAAGUUUACCUGCUCUGCUGUCAGGGAACUAUGACGGGGCCUCUGCUUGGCCCAUGUAUCUUGUAGCUUUCCUACAUAGUGUAAUGAGUUUACUGACUGUGUGCUAGCUCAGCUCAGUAUUUUCUCUAAGACAGCCUUUAUGAUACUUUUCUAAAGCUAAAACCCUGGAUGCUGGUGAAGAAAGUCUUUCAGGUUUUGUUUUGCAUGUAGGGCAACCUGUUGACAGCACCGUUGAAAAACUCCUCCCUGCUGACUAAUCCAUCUCAGCAUCCCUCACAACUCUCUGCUGAAGGGAUGAACUUUCCUCCGCUUCCAUGUGACGGAAGGCUGACUUGUGAAAAAUAUAUUACAGAAUUGUCGGUUUAGCUGCUGCUACAGAGCAGUUUGGUGGUUUAUGCCACGGUAGCAGAGCGCAUCAAAUAUUAAAGCGCUGCUGUCAGGCUUAAUGUUCUGCAGUGAUCUGGUUUAGCAUGUCUAAUAUAGGAAUGCUGUCUCAGAUGACAAGGAGAAUUAUGCCCUCCCUACCCCCAUUCUCCUCUACCAGCAGAUGUGUUACCACACCGCGCUUUAAUGGUGAUACAAAAGACAGCAAAACUCUGCAUUGCUGCAAGAUCAUGGUUUUAUGAAGCCAACAAGAGAGAACCAGUACAGAUAUUUGGUCAGAGCCGGAUUAAUCUGCAACAGCAGUAGCACUUUAUUUAAUUACCCAAUCAUGAGAACUGCACACACACACACAUGCCCAUGUUCACAGCUGGUGCAUCACCGAGUCUUUUUCUGAUGGGGCAUUGGGACCGUUUUUCUCUGGGAGACAGACUCAACUGUCCAUCUCUUUGACUCAGUUGUAUUAAUGUGCUUUUAAGAAGAUAAGUAAAUGUUUUCAAGGCUCAACAUUAAGCUUGGCCUGAUAGCCUGAGGCUACAGAAAGUUCAUCUGAGGCAACCAAAUAUGACAUUUGGACAGGGUCUAUAAAAAGAUUCUGCACAAAAACAGAGUUAGAAAGUAUAAUAAUUUAGGCGGCUGUACCUUUAAAUCAAAGGCUAUGAUUGGACUUUGCAUACAAGUGCAGCUUGAAUGAAUGAAUGCUUUAUUUUGGUUUAAGAACGAAAUCAUGUUUAUGCUUACGGUACCAUAUACAUUAUAAUUUAACAUAUCCAUUAUUGUGUCUCAGGUUGCUGUUUUUACUUCCUUUUUACAACACAAAAAGGAAGUCUUGACCUGGGUACCCAGGAUUUUUACCAGAAUUAUCACUGAUUACACUUUCCAAAGCGAUUGUGAAUUUUUUUUAUUUUUUUUUUGUCUAGUGAUUGCAGUGACCUUAGCAGCUUCAGCAGCAGUAGACACGCACACGUUGGUACGCCUUCUGUAAUUGGUUUUCACACCUGAUGUGAUGAUGUUGUCAAGUAGGCUUGGGUAUGGGAAUGAAGAACUAGUUGUAACUUGUAACCGGUUCUAGAUUUCUCCAAUUCUUGGAUUUGAUGAGGCCCGUGAACUUUGGUUCUGCUUUUUAGUUUCUAACAGCAACAUAAAGCUUUAAGAUUAGACUCCAGUGAGAACUUUGCAGUCCACAGAAGCAUCUUAUCUAUUAGGACCUGCUGUGCAUAUGUAACAUUACAUCAUUUACCUCAAUGAAGUAAGGAGAGAAUCACGGUAUCGCAAAGCAGACUAAUGUUAGCAUCCUUUUUUAUUUCAAUAUCAAAGUAAACUCUUUUAAGUAUUGAUAUUUUUCUGUGUUUUGGACAUAACUGGCACAAGUUAAGAGUCCCAAACGCUCAAAAACUUUUGCAUCUGUCUCCAGUUUUGUCUUUGAUACAUGUGGUGGUUUAUGUAUGUGAAUUCCUGAUCAGACUCUUUUUCAUCAGCGUUUAUUUCUGGACUUGAUGGAAACUGUGCAUUUGCAUCACUGACCAUGAUAGGAGUCACUGGGAAAAAUGUGAAACGGAUCUAGUCACGGCCUAGCAGCUGGUGCAGACCUGAGUCAUGGCCUUGGUGAACUGAGAGCUUUCUCAGAGGGGAGGAAGUCACGGCCCAACAGAUGUCUCAUCAACAAAUGCCUCCCUGGUGAGUGUGCCACUUCUGCUGUUAACUGGCCACCUCCAACAGCUGAAAAUUGUCUUUGUCUGGCCAACCACUUCAGAUCUUUGAUGAGCUCAAGGACCCCGCUGUCAUAUAUUGCAGUUGUCUAGAAGGAAGUAUUGUGCACCCAUGCCGGCAUGUAUUCACCUGGCAGGUCUUGUCCUUAUAUGCCCACUUGUAAAUGUGGCUAGGAUCAUGUUAUUAUUGAUCAUUUGCAUUUUGGUAUAGAGUAGGUCGAGAUAGGAGAAUUUCUUUAUGUUUGACACAAUCCUCAACGUCGACUUAGUUGUGAUCAAUUUAGUAAGCAAGGCAAAAGUUAAGAUCUGCUUAAACUCUUGAAAACUAUUAUUGUCGUAAAACUUGAUGUAAGUCGUGACAAACUUGGGGACAGAGUGGAUGCAAAAAAAGUAAAAUGUCAAGUUCAUUGUGCCAGUGUUUAAAUACUGUUUUCUGAACCUUCUUUGUUUCUGUAUGUGAAUGUGAAUAUUCACAUAUCAGUCUAAUCAGUCUGAGAUGGUCUCAUUAAGUGAACUGAGACCAAAGGAUGAAGUGAUAAGAGCUGGUUUGCUGGGGGUCAAAGGUGACUGCCACUCUACUCUUAUCUACACACGAUUCUUGUAAUAUCUCAGUAACGCCUUGACAGAGUUGUGUUAAAACCUCCUUAUUUUAUCUGUUUGAGGGAUUCCUGUUAUCUUUGGCUGAUUGGUGGACCAUUGCCCUUUGCACUAAACUUGUACCAGCACUUGGUCAAAUGACUGUCACACAUUUUGAUGUUGUGAUCCUGUUGCAAAUGAUUUUUGUAAUGUAGUCCCAUCUGUUUCAUCAUGUAGUCUUUAAAAUCCAACCUACAGAAAUAUCCACUAUCUAGGAGAACAAUUGUGAGUCAGUAGUCCAACUUAAAAAAAAAAAAAAUCACUCUUCUCUUGGUCUUUCUGCAAAGUGUGAGAUCUGGGUGAACUUGUUUACUUCACACCGUACCAAUAUGCCAUAAAUGAAAAUCUCAUCAGCUCUUGAAUUACAUAUAAUGUUCUUCCCCUCAUUGUUUUCUUCCUCAAGCAAACUUCACCCUCUGUCAUGAGAGAAGCAUUUUGGCAAGUCAGCCUCAUUGGGUGUGGGAGGUUAGCAUGAGCAACUUGAUUACAGCCCUUCAUUAGACACCCGCCUCCAAUCAUCUGGCGGGGCUGCAGCUGUGACCAUGAGUCCGACCCUCCGCCCCCACCCCCCACCCCUCCUGUUCUUUUCAACCCCCACUUUGUCCGGCUACAUCUGUCUCCAGCUCCUCUGUGAAAUAUGCAAGCUUCUGUCUGCGCUUCCAUGACUAGGCCAAGUUGGAGUGCUGGAGAAUUACGAGCGGCCAUCAUCACCACCCAAAGAGACAGAACCAUUGCUGAUGGCCGACUUGCCUUAACUCUGCCCACCACCACCACCCCUCCUGGGUGUAGGGCUUAAUUUAGCCAGGCAAACCGAUGGAAAAGGCUCAGGCUGGGGUAUUUUUAGAAUAACAUGGCUCACUUUAAUAGGGAUCUUUAAAAAAAUUGAAAGUGUCAUGUCAUAGGCCUGCAAUUUGCGCCCAUCUGACUCUCUCUUGCAUGCAAGCUGCUGGGGAAACUCCAGUAUGCACUGCUAGCUUGGCAGAGUGGGGCAUGUCAGCGUGGCUUAGGAUGCAUGAUUGUGAUGGACACAUUUGCUGAUGUGAGUGGGGGUGAGGUAAUACGCAGCACCACACAGGUCUAUUUUGGGAGCUUCCUUUGCCUGCUCAAAGCGGUUUUGUGUCUGGCUGUUCAGGCAUCAUUAUUUCUACUCAGCGCUUCUUAAACACGUUUUGUAUCUGUGUUUUUUUUAUUUUUAUUUCCUAAGUAAAGAGAUUCCUCACCAUAUCACUGAAAAAAGUUGCCAGGCUUCAAAAGCUGAGAACACCUCAAUGAAGACUUAAUGAUCAGUAUAUUUUUGGUUUUGGCUGCCACUGAGCCUGAUGUAAAUGCUUGAUAACUGGUCAUCCAUUGGGCUACCAGAGUGUGUGCCAAACCCACCCCAUCCCCCCUUCCCAGUCCCAAGAGAAACUAGGCCUCUACCAAAGCUCUGUGCAGCCUUAAUGCUGCGACUGGACAGCCUCCAUUGGGUCAAGUGGAGAUUUGCCUCUGAUGAAUCUGGGGGAGAUUGUGUCGUGCUCUCACCAGCCAGCAGCAGUGAUUCACUCGAACUGUGACUUUAAUUUUUUUCUAUUUCUUAGUUAAGUCUGGGGCUCAGGCUGGCUGGCUGAAUGUAGUGAAGGAUUCCCUGCCAGGAGUUUACAGUUAAGAGUCAACAUCAAGAGAAACAAAUAUGCAGGUUAUGCUGCUUCUUACUGGAAUUCACUAAUUAUUAUUAUUUUUUUAAUUUAGUUACUGCCAUUGACAAAAUACAAUCAGCAGCAGUUUCUCCAUACAUCAUACUCAGAGUAAGAUCUCAAACACUGUUGUGCUCCAGGUCCGCAAAAAGUAUGUACUAGGGACGGGAGAAAAAAUCGAUACAGCAUAGUAUCGCAAUAUUUUGUCUGGUGAUAUAUCGUAUCGUCUCAUUAACCAAGUAUCGUUUUUUUCUAAAUUCAUUGUCAAUAUGAAGUCAAAUCUAUGAUAGUGGAUAAAAUAAAAUCAACUGUUUGUCCAGUGAGGUUGGCAGAGUUGACGUCAAAGAGCAGGAGAAAGUUAGUGCAACAAAUAUAUAAAAGGUUUGCGAGAUGUGCUACAUGAAAAUAAAAUACAGCGUAAAUAAGACAAAUAUAAAGAAAAAGAACAAUUGCUAAAUUGGCUAAACAGUUGAAAAAAUUGUAUAAAUCCCAAUAUAUUGUAUCGCCAUACUCACUGUAUUGCAAAAUAUUAAAAAAUUGCAAUAAUACCAUAUCGUGGCCCAAUCGUAUCGUGAUAAUAUCGUAUCGUUUGGCCACUUGUGAUUCCCACCCCUAGUAUAAACUUUGGUGAUGAUUUUAACUUCAAGACUUCUCAAUUGAUCAGGACUUGAAGAGACAGUAACUAAUGAAAAUCCAAAGGUGCGAUGGUCACAUUUCAAGAAAAAACAAACAAAUAUAUUUUAUAGGCAUGCUAGUGCUAAUGUUAGCAUGUAGUAACACCACAGCCAAUAGCAACUAAGGUGUUAUUUUCAAUGCUAUAUAGUAUAUAUUUCACAAGUGUUACACUAUGUUCGAUGUGAACUAUAGUUAUCACAUUUACUGAGUUAUCAACCUUCUUUUAGAAAUAAGGCCACAAGUCCUUUUAAAUUUUCAUCCUUUAGUGUUUUUUGUUUCUGAUCAGUGAAAAAAUGUACCAUAGUUUGACCAUAAUUUGACUCCCCACUUUAAAGUUCCUAUAGACAGUCAUUUUAAUUGCCCUGUGUGACAUGAUCAAAGUUUCAACCUGCUGACUUUGUGUAAUUUUUGUAAAAACAGGACUGUUUCUUGGAGGCUUGGCUGACAUCUACCCCCUUACACAGGUUUCAGGCAUUAGAAAAUAUCACUCAUGUUGCUGAUGGUCUUGUUUGCUUUUUGAUAUCUUAGAAAGGUAUUGCAAUGUAUUUUCAUAAAUGUAAAAAAAAAAAAAAAAACUCCCCACAGUAGCUUUAAAAUACUUCUUGCAACCUCACACACUGCAACACAUGAAUACAACAGUUAAACCAUCCAUGUGUGAUGUCAAAAGAAAAUGGUUGACAUUGUAAAUUGUCUCCCUAACUAAACUAAUAGCUGUCCACUUAUUCACCAGACAGGAUGUGAAUGGUGUGUCAUAUGGCAUGAGGGAAUGUAAGAGUUUCACAUGAGAGGAAAAAGACAGCAUAGGGAGCCAAAGCACGAACUCCUGCCACCCUUUUCUUGCUUAAUAGUCCAUGCUAGGAGAGCUUUGUGUGUCUUUGUAACCCCAGAGAGCCCGGGGUUAAACUGAACAAUCGUCCAAUUAAACUGUGACUUGGAGGAAAUUUGCCAGUCAACAACACAACCUUACUACUCCCCUCACUCACUCUUGAUCUAGUUUUUCCUCUUAUGCACAUGCAAAAGCUCUCUCAUCAUACACAGACACAAAUGAACCAGAUGUGCAGAGCUACAAAGGCCAUGAACCUUAGCAUAAUUGCAGCAGGGAUGAUCUUGUCCCAGAGGGCCAAUGAGGAAAUGGUUAAAUGAUCAGAGACCAUGAGGGUAUCAAAGAAGCUGAUGCAUGCACACAUUCAAGAGAGCAGCCUCCUUGACCUGCAUGCAGCUUUGGUUUCCUGGUGUGUGAUACGAGGGCCAAGAUAGAGAGGAAAUCCCAUUGUGCAACAUUAACUAAUUCAGAGUGAAGGAGCAGGAAGCAGGCCAAUAUUACAAUCCCAUUGGAUGGCAAGGUCCAGGAAACUGUUCUCACUGAUUAUUACGGGCUGGGAUUUAUUGCUGAUGAACUCUGAGAUUACUGUCACACUCUAGGGAAUGAAGACGUCAUUCAUAUUAGGUUUCAAACUGUUGAUCACAUUGAAGGUUACUUUUUUUUAUUUAGGUUUCACUUGUAGUAUAAAAUAGCAUUUGAGGAAACUUUGAGCCAAACUGUCAGCCGUCUGAGUGUGUAGUUUAUUGAACAACAUGUUGGUAAGCAUUUAGAAAGUAAAAGAAAUUUGUCUCGAUGUAAAACCUUGAAUCACAUCACAGAAAAACUUGAAAGUACCUCAUACUGUUUACAUCCAGUAUUCCAGAUUUAGUUAUUAUUAGUAUUCAUCCUUGGAUGGAUGCAUGAUGACAAGGCUCUGAUCUUAGAUAUUACAUUUGCAGUUUUAGAAUUUUCAAGGCUCUCAAAAAGCUAAAAUGCUCAUGUGCCCCUCCAUACAGCUGUUAAAAGUCAUCAUAAGACAAUAAUAGAAACCAGUAAGACAUGUGAUGCCCACUUAACGUCCAUCUACUGUAAGAGCUUUUGUCUGAUCUGUGUCUCCUCUGCUCUCUCUCUGGUUUAUUGAGCACUGUGUUAUAAAUAAAGAGUUCCUGUUAUUUAUUCAUGGCCCUUCUUUUUUCCCCGACAAAUAUUUGCAAUAUAAAGAUUCGUCUGAUUAAUUAUUGACCGGCAGCACACAUGGGACUUAAGGGUGUAACGGACUGCAGGGGUCAUGACGUCUAAGCUGUGGAGAGAUCAGACUGGCCUUGAAGUUGAGGAAAGUGUUUCCCACAAGUAGACUGUGCUUGGGCAGGGCGCCCAGGUUUAUAACAGCAACCAAAGUAGGCAAAGUCAUGGGUGAGAGCCAGGUGAGCAGAUUAGAACAGUUUGGGAGUAACACUGAAUGAAGUUAAAGUGCUUAGUGGCAUUGAAAUCAGGAAAUAAGAAAAACUUAACCCACAUUUUCAUUCUGUGGGAAACACUGAAGGAUGUAGUACUAGUGGCUGCUUUCUAAUCCCAAAUUCCCAAAGAGACUGGGUGUGAGAGGUUGCAGAAGUUCAGAGUUCUCUCUUGGAAAAAUGAAGGAAAAAACAGAAUCAACAAGGAAGAAUAGACAGCGGGAUGAUCUAACCGUUAGUCUAACAUUUUCCCUAAAUUAUAAAACCACUUUUUUGUUUCUCUGCAACAUUCAUCUUUAAACUUUUGUCUCUGUUACAUACUGAAGUGGAUUCUCACAGAACAAACCUAAUAAAGUACCUUGACAAUGCGCGAUAUUAUGGUGAUGAGCAUUCAUAAAGUAUCUGAUCAUGUCCAAAAAUAAAACGAGUAAUUUAAAGCUUUUGAAGGCUGAGAGAACUCGUGAGAACCAUUUCUGAUGACUUUCAUAACCUUUUGUCAGCUGACUGAUCAUUUAAAGGCACUGCUUUGAGACAAGGCUGCUUCUAUCACUUCAUUUCAGGAACAACUCUUGAAGAAAACUCAUCAAUACUUGAGUGCCUGGGGUUUUAAAGACCCAGUGCUUUAACUACAGCUGCCGUAUUGAUUCUUUUUAUGUAAAUAGAGCUAUCCAUGGCUGUAUACUCACUCCAAGCCUUGAAUUAACAAACAAAAUAUUUACUUUAGAAACUUGAGACCACAUUAGUAUGAUGUUGGUGUUAUCUUAAGUCGUGUGUGUGGGUAAAAUCUAUCCUCCACAUGGCAGAUAUUUAAUUUUUUCAUUCCCUCUCUCUCGUGUGUGUGUGUGUGUGUGUGUGUGUGUGUGUGUGUGUGUGUGUGUGUGUGUGUGUGUGUGUGUGUGUGUGUGUGUGUGUGCGUGUGUGUGUGUGUGUUUAAAAGAGGCUUGGAUGAAUCAGUACAGAUCUAAAAGUGGAAGGGGGAGGCAAAGUUCUGAGCUUGAAUUAAUUCCCAAACUAAUUGCGGGCAGACUUUACAGGGGAUAAAACGCUGAAAUCCUAAGUCCUAAAACCCAUGGGCCCUCUCCCACUCUGUGUAAACCCCAGUGAUGAUGUACAUAAUUUAUACUGUCAGUGUAUAUUUGAAAAAGAGGAAGAGGAAGAGGCAUAACACAAGGGAAAUGACUCAGUGGCCUAGAUGCAUGUUUCCUUUUUGGGGCUUUCCUCCACUUGAUUUCCUCCCCCUUGUCUUUCUGUUUCAUUUUGGCUGAUCAUCCUCUCUUUCUUUCGAAAAGGGCAGAGGAGGAGAAAGAGGUUUUAGGUUAGCAUGCAGGCUCAUUCAGCUGAAUCAUAUGCACUCAGGUGUAGUGGCUGGAUGGGUCAAAGUACCCACCAUACCUCUUGAGGCGGUUUGACACACCAGGGCAAAUGAGAGCAAUAUGAAAGCCAUGUCAUGUUAGGACUAGCAGACAAAGGUUUUAAGUUUCUCUGGGACCUUCUGCAGACUUUGACACAUGCUCAUAUCUCUUGUUUUGUCUCCUUCACCGUUAACUCAAAGUUAAAGGCUCCUCAAGAAAAAAAAAAUAUUGUAAUUCACCAGUAAGCGCAGGAAAGUUUUAUUUGGGGUAUUAUGAUGUUGACAGCUCUGGCAGUCCUAGACAUAGAUGUAUAACAGUGAAACACAACAUCCUCCUCUUUCCCAUGAGACCCUGGUGAACAGCUACAUGACAUCAUUGUUUUUCCUUCAAGAACAUGGCCUUCAGUAAAGCAAUAGCCGGUGUCUCAUAGUUUCAGCGUAGGAGUCCUACAUAGAAUCCAUUCACUAAGCCAGAACAUUUAUAGUAGACUUGACUGAUCCGCGUUGCCUGAUGGGUGGUCAUGAUUGCGUCUCUGAUUUUGGCCAACACUGAUCAACAGAUUGCAAUAGAAAGCCACUGAAAAGACUGAGAUACUUCCUCAGGCACUGAGUCUAAAUCUAGUUCUCAGUGUCUUGCAGCAGAUCUCAGAGUCACAGGAAAAACGACUCCCUUUUUCUGUCUAGAUGAGGUUCUCGUGCAGUUUUGAAAAGGAGCAACUAGCCACCGAGCCAUCUGUCCUAACUCUAACUGUGAGUCAUUAGUCCUAUGUUUUUCUAGAUUUGUUAAAUUUAAUUAAAACACAACAACAGCAAUUUGAAGAAUUUCAUUUUUUGGGGGGGUGUCUAUAACAGGAGAAUCUUAGAAAAAGAAAAACCUGCUGCUUGUUACUCGUAUGUCUCAAAAAUAAAACAGAUUCUCUUGACUUGGGAGUGAGUGUACUUAUAACAAAUUGUGAAACAAUAUAUUAGUUGUGUUUUGUUGAUAAUGUAAAAGCAACUUGUGGUAAAAAUGGAUCCAUCUUGGGCUUAAAUGUAUUUAUUUUUAACUUGGGAGCAGUAGUAGCUUCAACUUGAAAAGACUGGGAGCACCAAUGCUAUCGGCAUAUCGUCAACAUGGGUUUGAAUUUUGUAAACCCCCCCCCCCCCCCCCCACUGUGUGUGUGUGUGUGUGUGUGUGUGCGUGUGUGUGUGUGUGUGUGUGUGUGUGUGUGUGUGUGUGUGUGUGUGUGUGUGUGUGUGUGUGUGUGUGUGUAUAAUGGAUCAGCAUUGCCAAAUAAGCAAAACAGCCAGCAUUAUCCCAAACAUUUAGAGCUCAAACCUAGCCUUACCUAAUCAUACAUCCCUUUUUUGCCACAUAUUGUCCUGGAAAAAAAAAGUUUGCGUUUGCACUUUGGCUCUCCGUCCAUGGUUGGUCAAGUUAUCACACUAGAGAUGGCAAACACAGUGUCACCUGGAACCUCUGUCCUGCAGGCUUUACAGUGAGUGCAGUGUACUGUUUUCAUAGUGGAUCCAUUAGAAGACUUGUCAGCCACCCUUACAGGAAACUGUUCACCUUAGUUGCUGGUCACUUAUAUUUGCUUUAUUACCAUCACUACCAUCAGCACCUGAAGACCUGAAGGCUAACAUUAACCUAAUACUCUAAAAUGAGUAGUGAAAAUUCAACGUGUAAUGCUGACAACUGUUACAUAUGUGAGUGUUAGAUUAAACAGAUUUUUGAUUCGUAAUGCUACCAAGUGGUACAAGUCAUGCUUGACUGACGUCAUAACGCUGUACCUCUCAGCAGGCAUUACUAAUCAACCACCAGUCCCUGUAUUUGCCAAGGCUUCAUUGAUAAAUGGAAAAAAAAGUUGCACCUCAAAAGUUAUUGAAGUCUCAAAUGCUCCAAACAUGAUUUCAUCUCACUAAAAUCAGUUUUCAGGAUCAUGUUCAACCAAAAUGGUUGCAGUUUCCAGCUCUGCCAUAACAUCAUUUCCCCCUAUUGAAUUUCGCCUUUGGGAUAAAUAAAUAUCAUCUUAUCUUAUUAUAUCUCAUCUCAUCUCAUAUUAUUUCAUAUCAUAACUUAUUUCUUAAAUCUUUUCUCAUCUUAUCAUUACACGGCCCCGUAUUUAAAAAAUCUAACUUAUUCCUGAGCAGACUCUUUCAUAUAAACAAAAAUCUUUACAUUGUCCAAGCGACCAACAUAAUGUCCUGUUUACAUCUCUGUUGUGUGUUUAAAAAAAAAAAAGAAACAGAACAAGGCCUUUUGCACACACUGUGUAAUAUAGAUCAGCUCACACUCCAGAUAAUGGCAUCUCAACCUGUCUGUUAAUUUGACUUCCCUGAAUAUUUGAUCACAGAGAACAAAUCUUCAGAAAGUGGCAGCUGCAUUUCCUCCUCACUGUCAUCAUUUCUCUUUUGCACUGCUUUCACUACAAAGCAUGCAAUAGGCCUCGACUAAUCUUUCUGCUGCUCCUGAUUGGAAAAUCCUGUUGGGCUUUAGAGUAGCACUUCACUCUAUGCUCAGCCCUCCCUUUGUACACGUACACACACACACACAGACACACACUCACACACACACACACACACACACACACACACACACACACACACACACACACACACACACACACACACACACACACACACACACACACAUUUGGAGCUGAAACUAGAUCAGCUGGUGUGUACUUCCAGGAGAAGAAGUCCCUCCUUGUGUGUUCAUGCACAGUGAUGAUUAAAUGACUCUAACCCUUCGUGUAAUGAUUACAUGCGUUCUUGGUGUCAUGUGUGUGGCUAUGUACAUGUGCAAGGCACAUGUGUGUUUGCACAUUCUCUCUCUUACAUUCAAACUCUCUGGUAUGCUCAUGCAUUUUGCAUGGCCUUGUGGGAAAGCAGAAUGAGGCUGCAGCAGCAGGAUGACUCACGAGCCAGUGAAGGCAUUUGACCACGGGCACUUGUUACUGUGGUGUCAGGGACACAUCUAGGACUUACCCCGCACGAGUCUCCUGUAAGGCACAUAUGCAAAGAGUUCUUGAGUCUUUGACAGGCCAGAAUAGUCAAUGUCAGGGGGCUUAAACCUCCGCCGUGACACAGCGGGGACAAAUCAUAGUUAAUCUAUAUCCGCUGUCAUGUGGCCCUAAUGUGGACCAGCCUCAGACUGAUCACUCUUACUGCCUAACAGUCCUGUCUACCACCAUUGAUGAGCUUGUGUGUCUGAAACAGACGGAAUAUUUAUUUUUAAGAGCACAGCAUGUAGGUUUUUAUUCAUUCAGUGCACUCGUAAUCUGUGUUUUUUCCCUAUUUAGUCUGACUAUUUGUGUGUUUCCACAGCUUUAUGUAUUUGGGUGCUCAGCUGAAGAGUAUUUUGCAGUCACAAUGAAAAUCAAUACAGCUGGGAAUUGAUAGUGUCAUAAACAGACCCUGGGUUAUUGCCUAAUCAAUACUACCCAUCUCGUCACCACAGUCCCCAGCUGAGCCUGGCUGGAUUUGACCAAUGGCAGCGAACGUUACACACACAUUGACGAAAACACCAGUACUUAUUGAAUGUCCUGGCUGGGAUGUUCACACCAGUUUAGCACAAACAACAGCUCUAUGUGUUACCCAGGGUCAAUAGAAAUGACCUCAGUGGCUGGAACUAAUUGACAUUUACUCUUCAUUGUUGUCUGGGCUCUUCUUUCUUUUUUGGGGGGGAACUAUCUGAAGGAGGUUCAUUUUAUAUGUUUGGGUGAAGUGUAGAAAGUGUGGUCACUCAGAAGCUACCUUACAUUCUCCAUCAUUAUAACUUUGUGGAACAAUUUGCAUCCAUGCCUCAGAUUUUGCAGUUUGUCUUUGUAUGGAUCAAGUUUUUGGUUUGCUCAUGUAAGUCUGCAGAUUUGUGGGAAUUGUGGCCUUGAAAAACCGACAACAGUGACUGAAACUAAUUAACAGCCAGUAUGUAAACUGGGUAAUUACAAGUUAGAAGUUCAAAAAGAAAAAAACAAAUAAACAAAAAAAAAACAGCUAUCUUUCUGUGCUAUGAGUACCAUUAGGGGAGUUGUCAACACUCUCGUGAUAUUAAGUUAUCAAGGUUUGUUUAUCCAUGAAGUUAGGUUAACUGUGAUCAAAUUAUUGACAUUUGUGCCAUAAUACAUCCAAAAUUUAUUGAUACUGCAAUAUAAGUAUCUACAGUAUACACAUCACAAAACACUUACUUUAUAGCAAUAAAUUGGGAAAUAAUUUAAUAAUUUAUAUAUAAUUGGAGUUUUGUCACCCAGUUUGUGUGUUUCAUCUCAGAUGGAGGUCUGAAUGUUAUGGCCACACUGUAACACUCUUUGGAUUCAGUCAAAUGGAGCUCUAGCCAGCUGGUGAUCAUAUGGCGAUGGAAAAACUGCAAAUCUAGGAGCUGAUAUGCAUAAUUUUGUGUUUGGUUUUUAGUCACACUAUUUUUUGACAUCACAAUACUGAACAGUGUCAUUGCACAUCUUGUAUUUGUCAUAUUGAGCAGGUCAAGUGUCAGACUUGCUGGUUAAAGGUGGAGUAAAGUGUGAUUAAGUUUUGUUUUCUCAAAGAGAAAUAGAGUUAAACUAAGUCACAGAUUGUUGAAAAAAUGAUGGUUUCAACAUACCCCAUUGAAAUGCUUUAUCUUCCUUUAUAUUUUAUACUACAGUAAAUAUCGCAGUCCGAAAACUUCUCUGUGUCACUUCUUUUCCUAGACCAAUGGGGCUCUUAUUUGUGCACUUAUUUAGGACAGAAGAAUACUAUCCAUCCUCCUAUCAGCUCCUCUUUUAGUGUAUAGUGUUAAAACUGCAAUGCUCAAAGUUUGGAUUUGUCCCUUGUGUUAAUGCUCGAUUUCCUGUCACCCCACUACAAACAGUAUACAGAACAUUGUACAAGCUGUUCAAAGUGUCUCAUUUACUGUCUUGAAACCAGCCGUCAAAGUUAAAGUUUGAAUAACUGCCUUGGUUGUAAAGAAACAGUGUCUGUAUCUUCUCUCACACACACACAAACACGUGUAUUUAUGCAGCUAGAAAAUCUUGCUGCUCCUAAACUGAAAACCUGAAUCAACUUGUGCUCUAAAUACAGUAACUGUAAAGUGUGUUGUUAUCACACUUGUGCAAAAACAUGAUCAUGUUCACACUGUAACAGGUACUCUACCCACUUAAUCCUCUGCACCGCUGUCUGAGCUGAGUGUUAGCUGUUCAUUUUAGGACUGAAGGCUUAGCUGAUGCAGACAGAUUCUGACAGAUUCUCUGCUGAACCCUGUGACCCUCAGGUCAGUGUUAUGGAUUAAAGUUGGCUUGUGUGCGGCCUGAUGCUUUACAGAUUACACCCUGUUAACCCUCUGAUCGACUGGACUCCAGUCACCCAGUCCUCACAUUAACCCUGAUACAAGCUCAUUAGUCGGCAGGACCACCACCUGAGCAGGUUACAGUCAGGGUAAAAGUACCGAGAAUGAGAUUGUGCUGUUAGAAGUGAGUUUGGAAAUGUGUUUUCAUGUCUUGAUAACACCUUUUUUUUCUUUUUUAGAUUUUGAGAAGUAGAUUUGAUUUAUGAGGAUUCUCUUUUGCAACGGCCUGAUUGAAGGAUCAAGAACCAGCAAUUGUGUUUUCAGUGUAAUGAUUGUUUGCAUAAUCAACAAAAGUCAACCUUUUUUUUUGUCCUUGAAUUUGAUUUAUAGACACCGCUUCUUAGAGUUCUAAGAGUUUAGUUUCGACCACAUCACUAAACAGAAGUCAAAAAGACUGCCGUGAUAUGAUCGAUCUUUUGCUUCAUACUCAAAUAGAUAACCCCAUCUUUAUCUUCCUCUUUGUUGCACAGAAGCUUUGGACUCUGUCCAAAAUGAGCAUCACCAACAUUUAGCCCCCUCCAGCUGAUGUCUCUCUACUGUUCAUUAUCUGUGUUUUUGUGCAGAUAUAUAAAUUUGUGCCUUCCCAGAAGUCUGGUUAACAGUAUUCAAGCACAAGAGACAUCCAAAGUAGGAAAAGAGCAGAUGAAAACUGAAAGUGAUUUAUUUCUUUGAUUGUAUAAUCCAGUGACACUGGCUUUACACAAAUCAACAUUUCGUGUAACAGAAAGAUUUUCAGACUUGAUUGAAUUAUGAGAAUUUUGAUCUAGUUGGCGCACAAUCCCAUGGUCUUGUUCCCUUGUUGUACGGUGGUCAUUAAGCUCAUACCACUGUAGGUCCUGAGGCUUUUUUAAUGACUUGAGCAUUGUGGACAACCAGUAGAAUAGAAAUAGAAUAGAAUAUUCCUUUAUUGAUCCCCCAUGGGGGAAAUCUUUUUGUCACAGCAGCAUCACAGACAAGACAAAAAGUGCAAAAAUGCAGUUAUAACAAUAAGGGUCCUAAUAUUAAGAACUUAAAUAAAUGUAAUAAUUAAGAAAAAAAUUAGAAAAGGGAGAAGAAAAAAUAAAGCUUUCUAUAAUAUACACAAUUUAAAUGCCAUAAAAAAAAAAAAAGUGGUGGUGUAAAAUCAGUUUUGUUACUGUUCAUUGUAAAGUCUUAUUGCAGAGGGGAGGAAUGAUCUGCGGUAGCGCUCCGUCCUGCAGGGUGGGAGUCUCAGUCUGCUGCUGAAGGAGCUGCCUAAAGCCCCCACAGUCUGGUGCAGUGGGUGAGAGGGAUUGUCCAUGAUGGAUACAAGCUUUGUUAACAUCCUCCUCUCACCCACCUCCUCCAGGGAGUCCAAAGAGCAGUCCAGGACAGAACCGGCCCUCCUGACCAGUCUAUUCAGUCUCUUCCUGUCCCUCUCGGUGCUCCCUGCCCCCCAGCAGACCACUGCAUAGAAAAGUGCAGAUGCCACCACAGAGUCAAAGAAAGUCCUGAGCAGAGUCCUGCACACUCCAAAGGACCUCAGUCUCCUCAGCAGGUGGAGACGACUUUGGCCCUUCUUGUACAGAACGUCUGUGUUUGUUGACCAGUCCAGUUUGUUGUUGAGGUGGACACCCAGGAAUCUGUAGGACUCCACCAUCUCGAUGUCCAGACCCUGUAUGUUCACUGGAACUGUUUGAGGUGUCCUCCUCCUGCGGAAAUCCACAACCAUCUCCUUUGUCUUACUGGAGGUGGUUUGUGCCACACCAGUUGACAAAAUCAGUGAUGACAGUCCUGUAUUCCCGCUCAUCCCCUGACGAUACACAUCCGAGGAUGGCUGUGUCAUCAGAGAACUUCUGUAGGUGACAGCUCUCAGAGUUGUAGCUGAAGUCAGAGGUGUACAGGGUGAAGAGGAAGGGGGAGAGCACUGUCCCCUGUGGAGCCCCCGUGCUGCAGACCACCAUGUCCGAUACACAGUUCUGAAGCCUCACAAACUGUGGUCUGUUGGUGAGGUAGUCCACGGUCCAUGCGGCUAGGUGACAGUCCACUCCCGCCCGCUCGAGCUUCCCCCUGAGCAGUGAAGGCUGGAUGGUGUUGAACGCACUGGAGAAGUCAAAAAACAUGACCCUCACAGUGCUGCCGGUGUUCUUCAAGUGAGCCAUGGACCUCUGCAGCAGGUAGAUGACUGUGUCAUCCACCCCGAUGUUUGGCUGGUACGCAAACUGCAGAGGAUCCAGAUGAGAGCUCACCAGGGGGCUCACCAGUAGGUGUGCCCUCGCCAACACAAAACAAGGAGCUGCAAACCAGCUAUAUAAAACCCGUAGGUAAAGGAAAUAACAGUUGUCUUGGACUGUGGAGAAGAAGAGCUUGGGGGAGAGGAGCUGCGAUGCUUGAGGUGUCAUCCCAUUUGAACCACAGUAGGUAGGAGAAGAAAAAACAAUGGACAGAAAUGGCUGUGGCCCUCAGAAUCCCUGGUGAAGUCAGGAUGGGAAAUUAUCCCCAAAGUAUGUCGGUGUAGUCUGGCAGUCGGUGACCUUGUAAUAUCCCCAGUCUUUGCAGAGUCUUUCAGACUCUAUGACUUGCUGACACGUUGUUUUUUGAUGAGAUGGUGUCAGACGUUGGUCUUUUGAAGUCUUUUUUUCAGAGUUUUUUCCAAAGUCUUUUAGUGCAUGAAGGGUUUAUGACAUCACUGAGUAAGCACAUUUGUUUAGUAUCUGUCAACUUGUUAUACACUUCCUUCUUAAAGCUGAGAUGGCUGCUAUUGUAAGUUAACACUGCUGCAUAGCUGGGCAGAAGUCCUGGAUUUUCUGAGGUUUUAACAUGGUGCUGUAUCAAACAAAGUUGUUGUUGUUAUAAUUAAACAAUGUUAAAGGCAUUUCUAAGUUAAUACAGCCUACAAUUUCUCGGCUUCUCACUGGAAAUAUCUGAGGGGUCACACAAACUGGUAGGGCUGUAAAGUCCUAGUCAACUGGUCGACUUAUUGCUAAUACAUGCUAAGUUGACCAAAAUUCUGUUUUGUCGGCUGGACUUUUUUCUGCGUCAAAUUACAGUCUAUGGUUAAUUUCAUCAGGAAGAACGUGCCAAAAGCUAAUGGUGGGUGUUUUCAGAGCACCCCUGCUUUCACAGGCCAAACACAUCUUCAGCUCUGCUCUUUAGAUGUGAAAUCAGGGACGGUUCAACAUGUCUAAACCAAUUUUUGAACCCUUGUCGUUGUCUCUCUUUAUUUGUCUUUCUUUCCUAAUGACCUUUUUGUUUUAAUCCAGUUCAAAAAUGCAUUCAAGGCCAAUGACACAGAGUUGCCCUACAAACUGCCUACACACUCAUAGGAAAGUGUCAGUCCUCAUACUCUCACUGUACAGACUCUGACUGACCCACAGCCAGAAGCCAGGCUUAUGUAGGAUAACAUUUGUCCAAGUUGGAGGGAGAAGAUCUGGGUUACAGAGUCCACAGCAGUUAUUUUCUGUUUUUAUACUGAGAAUUGGGCCUGUGUGUGUCUCUUUCUGCUGCUCUGCUAACAAGCUCCUCAAGCUAUGCCUCCUCUGCAGACACAGUGCUAUUGGGAUGAUUCAAGUGUUAUAUUUACUCCAAAUUCUCCCGAGGACAGUGACUAAGACAUUGCUGCUAAGGUACAAGUGCUUCAUAUUAAUUGAAUGAUUGUUUUGGACAUCAUUUUCAGAAAAUCCAACACGUGCACGUUGGUGUUUGUUUGGUGAGUCAGCUUCGAGGAGGUGGCGCUGGCGGAGUCGUGCUUUCAGAGUAAUGGCCUACAAGGGUUUUCUAAAAUAGUUUGACCAAAAUAAUUGCCUGAGAGAAAAGAAAUUACAUAAAGAUCAGACGCCCACGUUUGAACAUAUGUCUUACUGCAGGCAUGUCACGAGAAACACAUGGCGUUACCAGGAGCUGUCAUGAUGAAGCCGCAAGUUCCCACAAAGAAGAGGGAUGAUCAAACUGGUUUUUAAAUGAGGGUUUAAUAUGAAAAGAUUUUUUUUUUUUUUUUGGUUUAAAUUACAAUAACUUCUAACAAUGUCGAAUAAUUGUCAAAAUAUUAUCUAUGUGGCUGGCUUGACGCAAAUCCAAAGUUAGACACAAAGUUAUUGAAUAUUGUUUCUAAAAUAUUUCUUUGGACAGCCCCCUCUCAUUGUCCCGGCCAUAAGGAUCGUACUGGUGACCAUUCAGAACAUUCAGUUGUGGCUUGCUGACGACCAUUCUGUGGUUGGAAAGAGGUGUUGGUUUUUUAAAGCAAUGAUUUGCUGAGCGUUAUCGUCCAGAAGAGGAUAAACCUGUGAAUGCAUUUCCUGCUUUAAAUGUAUAUCUCUUGAGGCACCAAUGGCCAAGCGGUCUGGGUACCCCAUGUGUGGAGGUGAGGUCACGGGGUCGCAUGUUUGGUUACUGGCCAUGAUUCUGUGCAGCAUGUCACCACAUGUCUCCACAUCUCUGCAUUUGCUGUCCCUUUUCAGCUCUCUUGUCUAAUGAAGGCAGAAAUGCCCCAGAAAUAUGACUUCAAAAGAAAACAAACAAACAAAAUUCAUAUCUGGUUGUGAUUCCAAGCAUAAGCAUGUAAGGCUGAGAAAUAAAUCCAUUCAAUCAAGUCAUCAGCCUUUGUGGUUUUGUAAGAUUUACAAAAAAAAAAAAUGGAGGAUUUUCUCUGUAACUUCAUCCACUGCUGCCCCUGGUCAUUGACAAUGUGGUCACAUUGUGAAAACAAACAGAAUUCAGAAAAUUAAAAUGAAAACAGUGGAAUUUAUGUUCACUUUGUAGCAUCUGAUUACCAGCUUUGGUUCAGUUGCAAUCUCCGUAGAAGACAGUGCUCUGCUCUCUUGCUCUUUAGCCCCCAAUCCUGUUAUCUGUCUGUGUGUGUAGGUGUGUAACCUGUUGAUCCUCAUAACACUCAAUCCUUGCCUAGUGGUACCCUGGAUGAGCAGCCCCCUGCUCCUCCUCCUCCUCCCUCACUUUCUCUGAUGUGCAAAAUUGUCUGUGAGGGACUGUUGAAUAAUUGAACAGCACAGCGAUGGCUCUCUGUGACACUGCACUUAGUGUGUUAGCUUGUUUCAUUCACCCUGUGUGUGUGUGUGUGUGUGUGUGUGUGUGUGUGUGUGUGUGUGUGUGUGUGUGUGUGUGUGUGUGUGUGUGUUGUUUGUAUCUAUCCAAAGGGGAGGGGUUUGGAAAAAGACACUACAGGGAUUGAUUUUUUUUUCGGUGUGUGAAAGACUGUGUGGGUUUGGAAUAAGCAAGACAGUAGACCACACACUAUUGACCAGGUUGAAAAAAGAAAGCUCAGCUGAAAAGGCGCGAGCACUGAUAGUUGCCAGAGAGGAUGAAUGGCUUUAAUAGAGAAAACUCCAGGCUUCACUCCAGGGGCACAGACACACACACUGACCCCGCUGGAUUCAUGGGAUUGCUCUAAAAAAGCUUUCACACUGAAUGAGGGAUGGUCUUUGUGGCUGAGUGUGUGUGACCAAAGCUCUGCGUAUGUGUGUGAUCUGGCCCAACAUAUGCCUUCUGUGAGAUUAUCUCUGAGAUUUUGAUUUAGCUGCAAGGAUUUCUCAGUGUCCCCACUGUUAGCGGGCCUUUUUUUAAAAGUAAGGCAACAUUAUCCUUCUCUGUGAGAAAGCUACAUUAGUGCAUCCUCUUAGAGUCCCAAGAAACCGGUAGCUGUUUGGAAUUUAUUUUCUAUUUUAAAAUCGUUAUCAAUUAUUUGAUUUUGACGAAGUUAAAAAAAUUAAAAUCGUCAAAUCAAUUUUCCUCUCUAUUAUGUCUUGUGCCUCCAGGCCACCGUAGGCUGCCCUUUCCUGUGAGAGUGCUCCCCACUUUCCACACACACCAGUGUAAACAAACAUGGUGUUUGCAAAAGAAGGUGAUAAUUUUUUGGCUGAAAAAAAAUUGAAAUUGAAAAUUGAGUUUUCAGAGAAAAAAAUCGGGAUUUUAUUUUUGACUAAAAUUGUGCAGCCUUAUGCUAAGCCAACGAAAUUAGCAACUGACUUUUUUUUUUUUUUACAUAGUCAGGGGCUGCAAAUAGUUCUUUUCAUGUUGUUUGUCUGACAGUAAAUAUUACCUGCUUCAGUUUAAGGUGAAGUAUCUUACUUAGUGUGAAUAUAUUCAGUAUAAAAAGUGUUAAUCUGUUUUUCUUCACCAUGCUGUAAAUUGACUCAUCAUCUCUGGCACUGAUGCUUUUUCAUAACAAGUUAAAAGUCUUUUACCACAUUUGGCAAUUGGUGAAUUCUUGUUCUGGACUUAAAGCAAAUCCUGUUACUCAAAACAUUUUUCUUUGCAAAGAAAAUUUAUUUCUCACAACCAGGUGAUUGAUUGACAAAAAAGCCCAGCCAUGAACAAAUCAGUUCAGGGAACUGAAUAUACAUAACAUGAGGCAUUCAGCCAAAGGAUUACAUGUUUGUUUGAAUAAGCAUGUGUAUGCUGGGGUGAUUAAAACAUAAUGAUGUUUGAAGUUUACAUAGUGACAGUACUGAACAAAUCCACACUUUAAAGCUCCAUAAUGGAGGGGGAUUAUCUUUCCCCCAUAGCCCUUGGCUACUUCCAGACACCUCCCAAAUGCCACAGGCUAGCUUAAUAUUACAUGGCUGCCACUUUACACUUGAAUCCUAUAAAUGGACAUGUGUGAGGAAAAGGCAGUGUGAAAGUAUUUCCCACGUGUGAAGGCUUUCCUGUGUAGUGGUAGUGUGCUUGUGUGCUGUUCUGCACCAUAAUACCUCAUGAAUCUGCAUCACUGCGAAUGGCUUUUUUACAUCAAUAUGGAGUUCAGGAUUGAUAUUGACCUAAAGCUUUAGGGCAAAACACAAGCUGUACCCCUUUAUUUGUCUGCUGGUGUGAAUAAUUUGGUUCAGCACAAUUGAGAGCUACGCUACAUGAAUUUUCAUGUAUCAACUGAAGUAAAUGCUCAAAAGCACAGUCGUAUGUCAUUAAAAAUACAAAUGAUAUCUUGAAUAUUUCUGAAGGAGAAGGUACAUCUCCAUCCUUAAACAUAUUUUUAGACGAGAUUUGAAAAUAAAAAAUCCCAAAUCUGGAUCCCCUCUGAAGUUAACAUAGGAUAUCCAAAAAGAUAAUCCAUUAAAGGGCCUUUUGUGAUCACCUUAUACUUAAUAUAUUUUUGGUUUGCAUUGAGGCUGAUGUUUUUGUAAAGGACCCUGGAGCCUAUACUGGUCAGGCUUCAAACAGCUGUUGUUAUCUCUACAUCUCUGAGGUUCAGUAAAACUGCUACCCAUCUAUAAUAGAGGGAUGCAUUAAUGUAUCAAUUAAACGUUGGCAAGUAUCAGCUUCGUUGUUGGUUUUCUGCAGCAGUCAAUUCCUUCUGCCAAUUAAAUGCUGUUAAUGCUCCCGUCAUUCAUAUCAUAAGCUCCAACUCAAGGAAUCAUGAAGUAGUGUCAAAGUCACUGGAGUUGGCAGGAAAAUCAGUACAGAGUGUUGUAUUUAUUCAUGUAAGAUGUUGAUAUUUGGCCUCAGGUUAUAAGCAGGACAGGACGAUGAUACAUGCCACAUCAGUAUUUUGUCCUUCCCCUCCCAUUGAUGACCUGACCAAACGCAGCUUUGGAGAUUUUUAAAGGCUAUUAUGAGUGUUUGAAAGAUUUCUGUUUGUGUUCCUCUGUUGUAAAACUCAGAAGUGAAGGGCUCUCAAGCUGUGAACUUUGAAAGUUUUAAAGAUCCAAAUUACAAGUGGUGUUGCCACUGUGCAGUCUUGGCUUUUUGGCUUUAGGGCAACAAGAGGAAAUCUCUUCAAAUAAACUACUGAUUUAGAGUCAGCCCCGGGUUUUAAAGUCAGUGGAUAGGCCACUUAUUUGUCUCUUAUUUGUCCCUCAAUCCACCAACACCCACAUUUAUGUUGGCAUUAGCCUUAAAGCUAAUCUGAGAAGGUAACAGUCUUUUGUGUGUUUGCGUUUGUGUGUGUGUGUGUUUGUACACAUGCAUGUCUCAAUAGUGUCACUAAGCUGCAGAGAUGAGAGCUGCCCUGAAGUCUCCAAAUCCUGCUUUACAGCAUACAGUUUGUAUAUAUGUGUGUGUCUGCCUGAGUGUGUUUUCCACUGUGUGAAAAUGAGUCACGGCUAUAAAAAUCCACACCAUGCCGCCCUGGCAGGAUAAUCGGGACAUAAUGUUUAGUUUCUUUCUAUCUCUGUGGAUUAGUUUAUUUUCAUCCAGGGAGAAUUUUGCGUAUUGUGAAAAUCGCCUCAUGUUUGGUUGUCUCAGCUUUAUUUAAAGCGGUAUCUCACUGCGGGUGUGAUUUAAAGCACACAACACUCCACCAUGACUCACCAAAAGCUCACCUCAGUCAUCAUCUGGCUCUCUGGGAAUCCUGGAGUGACACUUCGACCCAUUAUCAUUUCUUUAAAUUCAGACAAAGUUUUAACAAGACAAACUCUUACAACAACUUAGUUAACAGUAUUUUGUUAAAAUGAACUCAUUCUGUCAAAAAUGUGUCCUCUAUUUGUAUCAGCUGAUGGUGAGUGAGCUAUUUUUGGAAGGAUUAUCUUUCCUAGAGGCUUGUUCAACUGUUUUAUUUUUUUAUAUCUGCUAGUGAAUUUACACAUAAAUCCCCAGGUAGUCAUCCAGGAAGUGAUGUCAUCCUUCAUACCUGCAGCAGCAAUGUUGUCGAUUGACAUUUCACAAACUUUUGAAAGUUUUUUGAGUGAGAAGCUCAACAGAAAGAGGCCUGAACUUGGCCGCAGUCUUUGUUUGACACCCAAUAUCACACCCAGCUUGAUGAAUUGUUUGGCCGAUCCUUCUGAAAGCUGUUCUAUUGGAUUGUUGUGAACAGAAAUGCAAUACAAGGUUGUCGAAAACGUUGCCUUUGCCAAGUUCUGCCUUGGACGUUGGCUCGUGACUCAGAAUUUAUGAUUCAUAUCUCAGAGUGUCAUGCAACAGGAGGAAUGGAAAGUAGGAGUUGGAUAUCGAGAUUUUUAUCAUAAAUUCGAGCACCAAAAAAACUCUGGGUUCAGGGUGGAGUGAUUUUUUUUUUAUAUGUUACAGCACAGAAGCUGCCUCAAUACCAAUCUUGGAAGAGUAAGAUUUUGGUAAAAUAACCUCAUGUUCUUUAGGACACAAAAUACUGCACAGGACAGAAGUAUUUUCUGUUUCUGUUACUAAAUAUGAGUUCAGUCUUUCCUCUAUGCUCUGAUAGUUGGAGUUUAAAAGCACUUGGUGAGCACAGUCAAAAUAUUUUGGCUGUCUGCUAAAGGCAGCUUAGUAUCAGCCUUAAAAAAGAAAGGCCCCAAGACCAGGAAGUGGAUCAUCGCUGGCUCUUAAUCCCUUUGCUCCGUUUUGGAAUCUCCCUUUCUCUUUUAGUCUCAGAUCAUUGCAGUUUAUGAUACUCACACAUCCUGUGUGUCUCCUUUUCAACUGUUUACUCAAUUGCUUGUGUGUGUGAUGAAGAAAGUUAAACAGCUCAAUCAGUCUGCCUUUUCUUAGAUGCAAUAAUGCCACCUGUCUCAUGGUACGCGACACAAAAACGUGUGUCUGCGGUGUUGAUUUUCUUCUUCUUAAGGUCCUUUUGCACCGGGACUGUUUUUUUCAUGUGAUUAUUUCGGACGCCAAAUUAUUUUGAACCCAUAUUCUGUCAAUACAAGCGUUUCGGAUCACGGACCAAUCAGAUUGCGUGUUGUUGCGAAGUCUGAUUCACCGGUAUAUCCAACAUGGCGAACUGGCUGAUUGUUUACAUGUCAGAGAACAGAAUGCUUUUUGAUAAAAGACGCAAACAUUAAGAUAACAACCUGAAGGACAACUUGUGGAAAGUCAUAGCAUCAGGUCUCUCAUAUGAAGAUGGUUUGUGUGCUUUAACAGUUUGCUAAACGUCUUUGUUUUAACUUUCACCUUUGCUAAGUAACUUUAGCUCGUAAGCUAACCUGUUCAGAUACAACAUACCAUAUGUAUUUUCACAGUCUCAAACUCUAUCACGUUGCUGUCACAGCACCAUAAGGUCUCAGUUGUUACCUUACGUUUAUGGAUUAUAGUUUAAUGUGCUUAUCUGGUACUGGCCCCAACUCAGUACAUGCUAUCAUGACAGACAGCCAUCUCAACACUAGUGCCUAAUCAGAGCUGAAAAACAGUCAGUCUGGUGUUGUGUCAGUCUUCUCGCUUCCACCUGGGACGCCCCCCCCCCGGAAAGUCGCAAAAUCGUAUUGGCUUGAUAUAUAUAUAUUUCGUAAUUUCGCGUCAUAUAUUUGCGUCAGUCCCGGUGUGUAAGGACCUUUAGUGUUACUGUAAGCACAAUAAGAUCAUGUUUUUACACUUUGCAUUUAACCUUGAUUCCAAAAUGGUUGAGACACUGUAAAAUCUUCAUUAACAAUAGAAUGUGAUGCUUUGCAAAUCAUCUAAAUCCCAAGAUUAAUUGAAAAUAGUGCAUGGAUAACCUCACAUUUGUUGGUAUUUGUAGUAUUUUAAUAAAAGUAUGGUUGGUUAAGAUUUUUUUUUCCAUGGAAAGUCCCGCCUCCUUCGCCUCUGAUUGGCUAGAAAAGCACAUGUAACUAUCGUAACAACCAUUAGCUUACAUUAGCACAGAGGAAAGUUAAAACAAAGGCGUUUAGUAAAGUGUUAAAGCACACAAACCAUCGUCAUAUGAGAGAUCCAACGCUAUGUUGUCCUUCAGGUUGUUUUCUUUGUAAUGUUUGCGUCUUUUAUCAUAAAGCACUCUGUUCUCCGACAUGUAAACAAUCAGCUGGUCGGCCAUGUUGGAUACAUUGGUGAAUCAGACGUCGCAACAACACGCUAUCUGAUUUGUCAGAAGUGGACACACAGUCUGCGAAACUUUGGAAAAAUCGACCACGAUCCGAAAAAAUAAAUGCCGCAAUAUCGCAGGACGGUAAAACGUCGCUGAUGUGAACACCUGUAUUGACAGGAUACGGGUUCGAAAAAAAAUAUCAACGUCCGAAAUAAUUGCACGACAAAAACGGUCCAGGUGUGUAAGGACCUUUAAUCUCAUUGGUGUCUAUCAGUUGCAACCUUUGGCCUACUUAAAUUAAAAGCGGUGAUCAAGGGUUAAAUUAAGACAAGUGAUAGGUUAAUGUAGAUCAUCGGACACUAAUCUGAAGUUUUGGGUGACUUUGUUUUGAAGUCUUCUGUAAUGAAGCGUGUUAUAUAUAUCAUCAGCUGCUCUUAUGUUACUACUUCUAAACAUGAACUCCAGUAUGUCUUAUUCUGCUCUAAGUCAGAACAAGCAGAAUUUUGAUCAGUGGCAUUACUUUAAAAUCCAGGUUUUGUUCAGUUACUCUCACUCGAGUUGGAGCCCAAACUUUUAGUCAUCAAAUUAAUUAAUCAAUUGCAGAAAUCUAAUCAGCAACAAAUCUUCAGUAAUCCGUUCAAUUCUCUUUCUAAGCCAAAUUGCAGAUUGUUUUUUUUUUGUUUGUUUCAGUGUUUAUUGUGACGGUGUUACAGUAGCCUGAAUUUGUAAACUGUCUUUAUUUAGAUUGUGUUAAGUUUUGAGUCAGUGCUCUGAUAAAACAAGACAUUUCAAGACUUCAACUAAAGUUCUGAAAUUGAGCUAAGAAUAAGCUAAGAAAUUAAUGGACUUUAAACUGUUGCAGAUAAACUGGGUCAGGAAAUCACUGUUGGCUGCCACCUGAAAUUAAUAUUCGGUGGGGUGGGGAUCCAAAAUGAUAUUCCUUUGUUAAGUAAUAAGAAAAACACAGGAUUAACCCUUCUACUUUUCCUCAGUCUUCCUCUCAGUCUGUCUUUACCUUUCUCAUGUUGGUCGCACACAAAUGCCAGGCCGGUCGCAGAGAGCGAGGCUGAGGAGAAGUGCAGCCACAACUUCCCCAGAGGCUCAUGCAAGCGUCAGUUUGUGUUAUAAAUCAUUCAGGGACACUCAGAAGGGGCACACAAUACAUUUUUAUCCUUCUUCCCUCAUCCCUCCAUCCUCUCUUCUUCUUUUAUUAUUGAAUGCGAUUCCUCUGAGCACCCAAUCUGCCGCUCGGCACGAUCAAAAAGAGAGAGGAGGAGGAGGAGAAAGCGGAGGUUGGAGGGGUGAAACCAAUAAGACCAGAGGCCUGGAUGAGAAGCGGAUGAAAUAAGAGAGGUAGAGGAGGAAAAGAAAAGAGCCGCUGCUGCAGUUUGAAUUCACACAGGAAUUAAGCAGCUCAGAGCAAAGGUUGAAGGGUUAUUAUUGAUGCUCUGAAUUCUGUAUCGACUGUACUUCCUGUUUGUUGCUCUGCUUAUACACAACAGUUGGUUUGUAAAUAAGGAUGUAGUUCAGGGUCAGGUUGCUGACGCUGUAGAUGCGCCACCACCUGCUUGUCAAACUGAAACACAGUCCGGUGGCUGAUGGCGUUCUGCUGUCAGAACUACUCGCUCAUACUUGAUGUGUGAGUGUGCUGCAUGUGUGUGAGAGACGCUGUGUGUGUGUGUGUGUGUUGGUGUGGGAGACAGCAUAAUAUUGAAUUAUUGCUCGUGGGAGUGUGCGUGCCAAAGCUCGUGUUUGUCCAUGGCACUGUGCGAAGCGUCCUUGAACUUGUGGUUGAAAGAGGGAAAAAAGAGGAUGUGUUGAGCUGCGAACAGGAGGCCCUUCCUCUCGAAUUAAAGGCCAUGACAUUAAGUGUAAGAUACCAGUGCAUUAUGGGAUAGAUGUUGGUCCCCCUAUGGCUCUAGAUAUGAACAAGUCAUAUUCAGUCAACAUGAAGAUGGUUUCAGCAUUGUGCUAUAGAUAAAAGUCCAUGAGCAGAGGCUGCAGUUUCAGGGCUGCAGUCUGGCACCCUUGUGUAAAAGCAGCAGUUACAGUCAGAAGUAAGAAACAAGGACGUGGCGAUAUGGCCUCAAAUAUCAUAUUGAGCAAUAAAUGGACGAAAACUACUCCACAAGAUGCUCACCCCCUCCCACAUUAACUUUGUCUACUUCAGCCGCUGCUCCAGCCGCUACAACUUUUGAACUGUCCUCCAUCCCCUCACCUGUCUGUCCCUCUUUGUUACAGACUGGAUGGGGUGGAAUCACAUCUCUGACGUAGGACAGUGUCUUAAAGGGACAUGAGACCAUAGCCUACCUACACACAUCCAAACCAACUUUUAUUUAUUUAUUUAUUUUGGCACCGAAUAUACUGAUAAGGGCAAAACGACGUUGGUGACUGUUGUAAAUUUCAGUAUUGAUAAAUUUUAUCGCCCAGCCCUAUAAGAAACUAAAAAAAAGACAAAAAAUGUCACAUUGCACACUAAAAAGGCAGUCCCUUUAAUAUCUAAUGCAGGAGGUGGUGCCACCAAUAAUAACAAGGGUCUUCAAAUUACAGUCUUAAAAUUGUGGUGCUGACUCUACAGCCUAUGCGUCUGCAGACACAAGACACUCAAUAUGGGGCAGCUUGUGUACCAUGUGAGUAAAACCAGUGCCCCAGUUUCCCCAAAUUUUGCUUAAUCCCAAGAGAAGACCUAAUGAGUUCUCUUUCUCUUACCUGACGCCAGUAAUACCUGAGAUCAGAGGCGCACUUGGACGACAAAGUGACACAGAAAUGCCAAAGGAAUCUCAAACUGAAGGCUUGAUCCGUAACAGUGAUGCAUCGACUUUAUAUUAAUCCAAUGAUCGGUAAACUUCACUCUGACUGAUUUUAUACUCGCCAAACUGAGAGUGACAGUCCUUCCAGUAUACCAGAGCACAUUUCCUCUGAACUUUCUGUGGAGGUGUCAUCUUUCCUGAAGCUGAUUAGGGACGGGAUCGUGGCUGUGGAUCCUGGACUUGCUAAGAGGAUAAUAACUGAUAGUCAUUAAAGAGAUUUUCAUUGGCCGUUGUUGAGUCAUCCCACCAUCUGUUAUUGGUGAGGACAUUUGAAAGCUUCUCUCUGUUUGUACUGGAAGAACAUCGCCUCCAUCUCCUUCCCUCGUGCAUUUUAUGUGAUAAAAAAAGAAAUGCAUAUUUUUCUAGUUUAUCAUAGUUUGUAAGGUGUAUAAAAGACAUGACAGAUGCUUGUAGAAGUUGCCUGCCUCUGUGAUAAUGAUCUUGUGUUUGGUGUUAUGCUCUGUGGAAAGAGACACUGUAUGAAGAGACUAAAAGAGAAGGGAAGUCAGACUCUUUGGCAUUCAGGAGUUUGCAGAAGUGACACUCAUCCAUGAAGCACAUUAGAUCUUUGUCACAGAGACUUAAAAAUAGACAGUGUCAUACACAGUUUUCAUUUAGCAAUGCAACUAUUACUGGUACUGGUUUUACUAACAUUACAGCUUUAUGUUUUAUUUUCCUACUCAUUAUAACGACUGCCUGGUGUAUCAACACUAUUGAAUGCUGACCGCAUCUUCCCGUGCUUCAAGUACUUUGUUUUUGUCCACAGCCUGCAGAUAUUGUCCACCAGAGGGGAAGAGCAUCUUUGGAUUUGAUAAGCUGGAACCAGUGACUUUUUGGCAGACUCAUCAAGAAUAAUACAGAUUGUUUUGUUUUUCUGUCUGUUCAACCUCAGGUGCAGUGUUAUUCCAACCAUGAGGAAAGUCAGCAAGAAGUUAACUCUGCACUGAAUCCAAGACGGUAGAAAAGGAAGGAGGCAGAAGAUAUUCAGACACCCUCUUCACACUUUUCACACAGGUGGGUUAUACACGACAUGACUCUUAGACAGUGUCUGCUCAGUCUUUGUUUUCAUUUUUUAUUUUGUGAUAGUGACUUCGUGAUUAUUGAACAACAGACUUUUGAAGUCACCCUGUUCAGUCUUUCCUACCGUAACAGCAUUUGUGUGUUUAUGUCAGAUGUUGCAUGUUGCAGUUGGACAUUCAGUCCAGGCAUCAUCCGCCUGCAAACUUGUUUGCCUCAUAAUGGAAGCUUGCUGCCCUGCUGGCUCUCCAAUGUACAGAACAGCUAACCAAACCUCUGUCACACUGGAUUGAAGCUGAGCCUGGAACUUUGUCUGGCCUGUACCAUGGUAUUUUCAAGAUGUCUUUGUGUGUUUGUGUACGCAUAUUUGAACUCCUGUGUGGGGGUGGAGCGCUGCAAUGUAAUGAUUGGUGGUUGCACGUUGGCAGCAUGCAAAAAAGUAAAUUGGUAGAUACUUCAAAUUAGAGGCCAUAUUUUGUGGUUGACAUUUUGUAACUUGGAUGGGUGUGAUUGUUCAUGAAGCCAAGUACAGAUCUUGUAUUCCUGUUUGUGAAAAGUGGACGAAUUGGGUUGUACAGUAAAAAGUCGAGGACAAUGGUAAUUUGGUCGAUGCUGAAUGACGGAGGCCUGGUUUUGGACUAAAAUAAGUCAAAUUGUACAUGUAGCAGAACAUAACUGUGGAUUUAAGUGACUUGAAAUCAGGUGGUCCAAAAGGCCUCUGAAAAAGAUUCAGACUUUAACAAAUCAGUUGUCUCAGAGAAAAUGAUUCGCUCUAAUUGGAGUCGGGCUGAAGUUUGCUCAUAGUUCUGAAAACGUCUGAGAAUUGUGUAGUAAUAUAAUAUUAUGUCUGUCAACUUGUUGUCAUCAUCACACAGAGCCGACAGCAAAGACUGGAUCUAGUGUGAAGCCAGGCAUGUAUGUGUGAGUGUACUUUGUGUGCCGUGGGCAAAUCUUGCUGUUGAGUCACACCCCUAUUGGAAAAAGAGCUUGUGAGGACAGGGUGUGGUGGAGGGGAACAAUUUGGGUUAGAGAAUGACCAAAGGCUGAUUUCAGAUGUCUGGACUUUCUCUCUCACAUGCGUGAACCUGAGGGCACAGUACCUGUGAAGUUCAAACCAGCCAGGAAUGUCAUAUUCAACAAUCAAGUCCACAAGAAUGCUCACAGUCGCUCAGAGGUCUAUGAGCCCACAGAGCACCCAUAAACAUACAAGUGUUCUGACUUUUUUUUUGCCUGAUUAGAUCUGUGUUUUUAGAAAAGCAAAAAUGUUAACACACUGAUGUUGUCCCUCUGGUGGCUUGGCCUGUAUAUUUCGAAGAAAAGUAGGACACAGGAGCUUGAUGUAAAGCAAAAAAGAUACUUGGGUAUAGGGCUGUGAGAUAGGGCCUCAAAUCAAUAUCUCAAUAUAUUGAGCAGUUCACCUCGAUAACAAUAAAUGGACAAUAACUUCUCCACAAGCUGCUCACCCCCUCCUACAUUAACUUCAUCUACUUUAGCCGCUGCUCCAGCCGCUACAACUUUUGAACCGUCCUCCAUCUCCUUACCUUUCUUUCUCUUUUUGUUAUGGACUGGAUGGGGUGGAAUCACGUCUCUGACAUAGGACUGCGUCUUAAAGGGACAUGCGACCAUAGCCUAACUACACACAUCCAAACUAACCGUUUCUUUUUUUCACACGGACUAUACUGAUAUGGGCAAAAUGAUGUCGGUUAUUGUCAUAAACUUCGGUAUUGGUAAAUUUUCGGGUUUAUUGCCCAGCCCUACUUGAAUAUGGAUUUAUUUCUUUCAACCGUGAUCUUUGGUGUGAACCUGAAGUCAGCUUCAUACAUUUCAGAUCUCAUUAAACAAAUGGACACCAGUCACUUCAGCUACAGUCAAAGUACCUCUGCCACUAUCAGCCUUGACACUGAUUUAUUUUUACCAUUAACACUGGCGUGAAUAUAUAUUUUAUAUUUUGCACACACACUUUUUUUUAUCCUAAUGCCCACAUGAGAUUCAUUUCCCCUAAUAGUGAUUUGGCCACAGUGGCAGCUAACAGAAGUAGAGUAAUGAAGUCAUUCGUGACUAACAACAACAUAGACUAGACCCCAGUCCACUCGUUAUUCCAAAACAAAAAUAACUACAAUCCAAAACUACACUCACCCAAAAGCCAUUGCCUCCUCAUGUUACAGCAGAUAUCAUUCUUCAUUAAUAUGAGUGAAUUGUAGCUCAGCAAGUUAAGACCUUAAGUUUUAUAUCUGCAGGGAUUUCUUUCUGAAUUACAGCAGGUCUGCUCGUGUUAUGUGUGUUUCAGGAUGACUGAGUUCAAAAUGAGUUCAGGAAGUAGACUGUGGCUGUGACUUGUGGUCCAAAGAGUGGCUGUAAAGACUGUAACACAGGACAGUCACUGCUAAUUGAAGCUUAGCUGAAUUAGUUCAGUGGUAAAUGAAAAUUAAUUUCUGAGAGACCACUCACAAUAAAUGUCUCCCAUUGUCAUGUUGUUAAAAUUCCUUUAUUUUGGAACCUCCACAAAAGGAAAUGGCUGUACCCUAACAGGACUCAAACAGUUCAAUAAAGUAGAUAAAGAGGAAAGUGAAAGAGGAAUGAAAAGUGAAACCGCUCUAGAUGAAUUAAAAGCUACAAUUUACAGAGAAGUGAAAGCAAGGGACCCCCUAAAAAAAUCCUUUACUGUUCUGAGACAGAAACAAGAGUUUAUCAUAGUGACAUAGGCCUGUUUGAAAGGCAAAAAGGUUCAAAGCAAGUGAACAUGCCUGCCAGUCUUUGUAUUUCUGCAGUAUAAUACUAUUACUGCAAGAUUUAAACACUGUGAUAUCACCCAGCCCUAUCUUCAUUACAGACCAGUAAAGAAAGUGUCUUUCACACUGCUUGAAGGGAUCCUGAUUGUUGUGAAUUUGAGCAGGUUUGACUUUAACAGUUACAUACUGUAUACACGGUACUACACGCCUGUAUCAGUCGAACCUUCUGCUCAUAAUCUGCACAAAUAUGAAUGGAAAAUGCUCAUAAAUAUACUGAAACUUCACAUAGAAGAUGUGAGUGCUUCAGAUAUGUCCUCUUGCAUAUGAAUGAAGUCCUUGAGGGCCUAGUCAGGAGGACUGACAUUUGAGUUAAGCUAUUGUGCUCUUAAGGUUGUAUAUAAGUGGGUUUGUGCACCUGUGUGUGUGCAUGCAUGGGUAUCCAUUCACUAUGCUGGGUAAAGGUAUCCAUUCAAGGCCACGCGUAUCGAUUUCCAGGAGAAAUAAUACAUGUCUAAUUUUCCAUGAUAAGAAACAAUUAUAUCACAUUCUCCUAUUGAGAAGCAUCGCCUAUGUGACAUACAUUUGUGACUUUAUACCCCUUUAACUUGAAAUCAACUGACUCGCUCAAAUCCAUUUGCAGAAUGAUGUCCUUCAGGGUCUUGUGUGGUCGCUGCCUUUUUCUCUUUGCAACUUUCUUUAUCAAAGUUUUCCGUGGUCUUUCGGCUGUUAGCGGUACUGAGAAAUUAAGUCAAAAUCUGAAGGCCUUCCUGUAAUAAAUCUCUGCCGCAAAGAACUGCACACCUCUCAAAGGAGAUCAAAUCUGCUGGUGCAAGAUUAGUUGACAACGAACAGGAAUAAAAAUGCAAGAGGCACUGUUUUCUCUGUCCUAAGUUAUUGUUCACUUUAAGUGAGUUUUAAUUUGUGGUUUUGAAUUAAACUGCUUUCAGGAUGAUGCAUUGACAUGGGAAGGCAUCACAAGUACAACUGGCACUGUGCACUCUAGUAGACCUCCAUAUCAAUAAAAACAUAUUGGCCCAUUUACAUCAUGCAGGACGCAUGCAUUCACACAUGUACGUCACAUCGACGCAAACAGUUCUCUCCAGGGACCCUGCAUUCUGGAGAGAUCUGAGGCUUUAUCUGCUUGCGGGCUUUAAGGUUUUAUUAGACAUGAUUAAUUACUGAAAUGCAGUGAUUUUCAUUUUUUCCUAAGUGUGCUUGAUCCAGUUUUUUUUUCAUUGCCCACUCAUAUAGUGUAUAUGAUCAGACAACUCAAAAGCUCCGAGCCUGCUCUCUUUAAUGCCACGAUUAAAGUAACUGUAACUGAAUCAUUACAUAAUUCUUCUCUCUUCCACACACACACUGCCGUCACACUACAUCUCAACUCACUAUUUGGCGGAUUUACCAGUUCAUUUUUUCUUUUCCUUCCCCGUUUGUGAUUAGAGCUGGUGAUUUUAAUCCCAGUAAGAAUUCCCACAGUCUGCCUAAUUCCUGUUCCUGCCUAAAGCCGGUAGGGGGUCCAAUAAGCUGCUAAGCCCCCCCUGGCUAUACACGCACAAACACACAUCAACUGACGCACACAUAUGGACACUCCAGCCCUCUCGCUGGUAAGGUGGUGGAGAGAAAUUUACAGUUCAAUCUGCACAUGCAUAUCCUCAAAUGUGAACACACACACGCACAAGAACACGAAUUAGCAUACAAUAUACAGUAUGCACACUGCACACACAUACAGUGCACGUCACUAAUGCUCCCAUAGGAGUUGAACACAGUAGAGCAGAAGACUGAACAUAAAAAUGAGUGAUAAGAAAUUCAGAUUGUCUUCUUUGUCAAAGCUUUUCUUUCUGAGGAAGUUGAUAAAAGAGAAGAGAGUUUCAAAAGGAGUGCCGAGAGUUAGAGAACUGAAAGAAUUUAAAGAUAAGACGGGAAGGAGAAUAUGAAGAAGAUACUUGAUGUGUCUGUAGAGCUGUUUCCUAUCAAAGUCAGUCUGAAAUGUUUCAGUGAAGGGAUGUUUUCAUGCAUUCAUAAUGUCCACAAACACAAAAAUAGAAUGUCAUUAUACAAGUGUCUCUUCCUUGUGCUGUAUUAUUAAUUUUAGAACACUUUCAAGAGUUAAAGGUUCAUUGUGUAGGGAAUAUUUAGCACUAAUCUAGAUUAAAACGCACCCUUGCUCACCCCCCUUGUCAGUGAAAUGAUAGUGGCCUUUGGGGACAUGAAGCCCCUGUAAUGUAUGAUACAUGCGAUUCACCGUUCAUCAUAUUUUUACUAUCAAAAACUUCUACACAGUUUCUUUUGGGCACAACUACAGUAAUUCUCUUCUUCUUCCAGCCACUGUAUUCCAACAUCUGCUCAUUAAUUACUAAAACGUGUUUAUUACUAGUUUGUCUGUUCUGUGCUACGAUAGAGACAAGCCAGUGCAAGAUGGCAGCCAAUGUUGGAGGAUACUAGCUCCUAAAUUCUACACUCUGAAUUUUGAAUUUAACUUCAGCUAUAUUGACAUUAUUUGCAAACACUUGUUUUAAGUUUUUUUUUUUUUUUAUGAUAGACAAUUCGUGCUGUCCACUGCCUUUAAAACUACUAGGGGUGGGAGAAAAAUUCGAAAAAGCAUAGUAUUGCAAUAUUUUGUCUGGUGAUAUAUCAUAUCAAUGCCAGUUGCUGUUAGCGGUUGUCAGCUGUUGUUAGCUGUUGUCAGCUGCUGUUAUAACCAAUGCAUAACACAGUAUUUUACUCUUACAAACACCAUAGCACCGUGUGGACAGUUAGACGUUGGGCAGCACAACAUAUGAUAUACCACAUAUUUAUUUCACAAAAACAAAACAGAAGUGCUAAUAAAUAAUACAUUGCGAGAACUUUCACUGUUACUCUUCAAGGUCCUUACACACCAGGAUGGAUUUCUGUCGUGUGACUAUUUCGGAUGUCAAUAUUUUUUUUCGAACCCAUAUCCUAUACAAGCGAUCACAUCAGCAACAUUUUUUGUCCUGCGAUAUUGUGGCAUUUAUUUUUUCAGAUCACAGUUGGUUUUUCUAAAGUUUCGCAUACUGUGUGUCCACUUCUGACCAAUCAGAUUUUGUGUUGUUGCGACGUGAGAUUCACCAGUAUAUCCAACAUGGCCGACCAGCUGAUUUUUUACGUGUCAGAGAACAGAGUGCUUUUUUAAAAAAAGACACAAAUAUUACAAGGACAACUUGUGGAGAGUCAUAGCAUCGGAUCUCUCAUAUGUUGUCUUUGUUUUAACUUUCAUCUGUGCUAACGUGAGCUAAUGGUUGUUACUAUAGUUUCAUGUGCUUAUCUUAUCACCUCUUAUCACCGUUUGGCUUGAGCGUGUGAUGACGUUUCCAGCUUUUCUAGCCAAUCAGAGGUGAAGGAGGCGGGACUUUCUGAGUUGGAAAUCCGACUUCAGGGGGGUGUUCCAGAUGAAUUUCCGACUCGGAGCUCGGAAAUUCUGACUUCCAAGUUCAACUGGACUGCAGCAUUAGUACAACAAACAGUACCUGAAAGGGACAUUAGGAAUGCAAGCAGGGUACAAAUGAGAUGGACAUGACAUAUGAGGUUUGCAAGAAGUGCUACAUGAAAAUAAAAUAUUGAGUCAGUAAGACAAGUAUUAGGGAAAGACAAAUGCCAAAUCAGCUAAGCAGUUUAAAAAAAUGUACAAAUCACAAUAUAUGGUAUCAUAAUACUCAAUGUAUUGCAAAAUGUUAAAAAUCGCUGUAAUAUCGCAUCGUGGCCCAAGUAUCAUGAUAUUAUUGUAACGUGGGGCCACUAGUGCUCCCCACCCCUAAUAACUACUAAACCAAAGUAAUAGGCUGAUCUCAUUUUUCAGAUGUACAGUAUUUCAUGGAAAAAGAACAGCUCGAUAUUUGAGACAACAUAGAAGUUAUAAAUCAUUCCUGGCUUUUACCUUUUACAUCUUUCCCUCUAUUUUCCGGGGUAUACGCCUCAUUCCUGUCUUUAGUCACCAUGAAUAGACAAUGCCGUGUCCUAUUUAAGUGUGUCUGGUGCAGCACAUGGUCUGCAGCUAUAUCCAGUAGCCUGAUGGACUUGGUCCUGCAACAACAUGUUGGUACAUCAAUUAGUCAUAACUGCACCAACAGGGGGCCUGGGGGGUAGGAUUGUGUACGGUGUUGUUUGUGUGUACGUUUCUCUUUGUGUGUGUGUCUAGUGUAGCUAUGCAUGUUGAACUUUGGCCCACAUUUAACACAUGUAUGACUGCAUGUGAUAAUAUCAAACAGAGAACCUUUGGAGAAUAACAGUGUGUGUGUGUUUUACAUUGUGUUUCCUGUCUUGAAAAGUAAAGCACCGGCUCUUUGAAAAGUUGGAUAUCAGCCAGAUAUUGUUGACUGCUUUCUUUUUGUGGCUGCCAGAAACUGAUGAAGAGGAAACACUGAGUUCAUGUCAUGUUCAGAAAUUGUCAAAACUUCAGAUAAUCGCCAUGAAGACUUUCAGAACAAAAUCCUUUUUUAUUAUCCUUCCAAAAAACGUUGGAUCCUAAAGUCUUCUUAGCCAUGUGUGCGUGUGUGUAGUCAGGCCAGAUUAGCAUAAACCGUAUAAUCUCUUUUACAUAUAAUUUGUUUUUAUGAUGCAUAGUUUAUUAUAUACAGAAAAUCUUUUAGCACCAUUACCCACCCCCACAGUCACCCCCUCACACGCCAUCUCAUUUCACACGCAGACAUCAGUGUGCACGUACAAAGCACAGUUAUUCCUGCACAAACACACUACUGCUCACCUGCACGUUAGCAUGGGUGUGUAGUACAUAUAGCACAUAUAGUUAAGAAGUCACACACACACAUAUACACAAACCCUGUGUUUAAUCUGUCGAAACUAUUUGCUUAAUCAGCUCUUUCUCUCUCUCUGUAACAAUACAAUUCAUACAUCCACAGUAGCCACACAAGCAGACACACACACACACACACACACAUAUACACACGGGGUGAACUGUCCAAACACGGGGCUCUGCCGAACUAGUAACAGCUUUAGCAAGCCCACCGUGUUACAACCUGUUGUUGCCACAUUGCAUCACUUCACACAUCUUAGAGGAGAGGAGGAGGAGGAAGAGUGAAAAAGAGGGUGAGAGGGAGGUGUGUAGAGUCUCCAGAGUGAUCACAUGACUUGAGUGUUCGUUUGUUCCAUUUUUAUCUGUCUUUUACUCCUUCACCCACUACUUCCCUCAUAGUGGUUUGGAUCAUCAAAGCAUCUUUAGAAGUAGAAAUGCUCGCUGACUCUCUGUAGAUCUGUAUUAAACCCCGUUUCUCUUCUCUUUCUCUAAUUAAAAUUCUUUAUUAAUGUCUUUUAUUUUGUUCACUUCCCCUUCUUGCCUUAUUUGUAAUAAUGCGUGUGUGUCUGUGUGUGCUUGUGCUUUGGGUGUGAUUUUAAAAGGUAGAGCUUUGAGAGGGUGUUUAUUUUGGCAGUUAUCUGUAGAGUGAGGAGAUGAGAGAUGGUCCUGGGCUGAUGCAACAAGAGGACACACACACACACACACAGUCACACACACACACACACACACACACACACAAACACACACACUCAUAGACACAAGUUUAUGGAUGGAAAAUGCACAUCAAAAGAUAUAAUUACUUAAAACAUUCAUUAACAAACACAAAUUUGAGGCGUGUCUUUUUGCAAUACUUGAUUUGUUGUGUGAUUAACAUAAUUUUUUGUCACUGUUUGUCAAGUGCUGAUAAAAAAACUGUCGGUGCUACAAGAAUAUAUAGAGCUACGCGAUAAACCAGAUUUUGAUUUCAGUUUAUUUUUGGCUCCCCACGUUCAUAAAACAUGAUAAUCAAGCCUGAACAAAUUUGUGCUGCCUUCCAUGUUUCCCCUAUUACAUCAUGGAAUGGAUCACACCAUCUCUCUCUUCCUUAACAGUUGAGUUCUGGAGCAGCCCCUCCUCUCAAACAGCUUGCAUUCACAUUUGAGACUAUCAGGCCACCACAGGUGGAGAGAGGAGAGCAGGGAGAGGAGAGGAGGAAGCAGGGGUCUGUUUCUGUGCGUGUCUGAAAAGCCAAGGGACAGACUGAGCACAUCAAGAGAGAGAGAGAGGCUGGAAUGAUCAUGGGCAUGCAGGAAUACGAAAGAGCGAUAACAACUCCCUGGCUAGAAAAAUGACGCAUCAUUCAGAAUCAUAAUAAAAUACAAGCCUGAUAUAAACUUGACAUUAUUAAGGAUGUUUCAUAAAAGCUUGGAAAGAUUAGUUAGAUUUGCUGUCUGUGAUAAAAGCUGUAAAGAGCUCAGAUCAUUCCAUUUUUGAUGACUUAGUGAAAAAAAUACCUAACUACAAUUAAAAUGCUUGAAUUAAUGGUUAGAUCAAUAUCAAUCAAAAUGAUUACGAUGAUAAUUUUGCCACAAUCAAGCAGCCCUACAAGGAUGAUCCGUCAGUCAGAUGCCUGAGGGACAUCCUACAUGAAAAAAACAAGCGCAGCCUCCGAUACUUACAAGCAAUGCUUUUACAUUCAGCAUAUUAUUACCACAAAUAUUUGUCGGUAUCUGCGGCCUACAGGUUGUCACGUUGCUCUGCUGUACUCUACUAUUCAUUCAUUAUUCGUCACACCUCAGUCACAGGCACAGAGGUCUCAGCUGAGAGGUUUCAUGCUUCUCAAAAAUCCCUCAAGAGUGACCGAGAGUUGCCCCUAGGCAAUAAGCAUGUAAGCCGGUAUAUACGAUCCUUCACAUUAUGUAAGCGGGUAAACUGAAACCAUGCCUGGCGUUCAUGUGACAACCACACCGUGGUUUCCAAGCCAGUUCCCGGGCAUUCAUAGAGAGAAAUCAAAGCUUUAUACCAUGAAAUUAGCUUUAGUCAGGGUAUAGUUAGACUGGCUGACAUUCCUUAAGCUGAGAUGGGAUGUUGCAGCUUCACAGAACAUGUUUCUUCACUUUAUAGCUAGCAGAGGGUGAAUGUGCACCCUGGUUCGGAGGAUAUCGCACUGACCUCACCUGUAGAAAGAUUUGACUGAUAAUGGAAAUCAAUGGAUCUUUGCCAAUAGUCAUAUCCUGCAUGAUCAUCAUAGUAUUAUUUUGUUAUAAGCAGGUAGAAUGACCAACAUUAAAGGCCAACAUCAUUUCCUGAUGUUGGCCUUUAAAAAGGAGCUUCUUGGAGUUGUCUUUUUACACUUCUACUAAAAGGUAGAUUAUCCUGAAUCUUCAGGCGUCAUUACAAACCCAAAAGUUUGCCUAAGCACAACAAAAAUUUUGACAAUAUUGCAAAGUAUGAAGAUGGAAUCGUGACUGAGGCUUCCUUCCACUGUGAACCUAAAUUGCUCUUCCAUCAGUCAUGUUAGCUUUAAGAGGAGUGGUGGGAAAAGUGCAAGGCCUGAUCGAAAUGUGUUUACUUUUUUCUGGACUGCUUCCCUUUUUUUCAAACUUGAGUAAACCGUGUUAAACAAACUAUUUAUCACAGCGCAGCUUCUUGUCUCUCUUUGAAAUGAUGCUGGAAGAAAAAAAAAUCUCCUUAAGCUCCAAGGGAUUCAUCUUUAUUAAGGAUAAUGCAGUAUACAGUUCAUAACUUUGACACUGACACUUGGAAGAAAUAUUUGAUACAUUUCUCCAAAGUUAUUGCCCCAGUCCUGAAAUAGUGCAGCCUUGGAAACCCUCUAAAGCUGGAAGUGAGGUCUAUAUGCUUGUGGUGUUUGAAACAGGGCACAGGCCUUUGCCUUUAAGACAGAUAUUUUUGGAGUGGGUGUGAUGGCUUUUAUCCCUCUAAGAGCCAGGGAUUAGGGUGAUGCUGAUGCUUAGUGUCUUGGCCUGUGUGCCUGUGUGUCUUGCUGCCUCUGCCUGUAUGUCAGCCUGCUCUGUGUGGGGCUGGCCUUUGGAGCCAGAUUUGCUUGCUGCAUCUGGAUGAUGUGCUCGGAGAUUUCACGGGAGGCAGACACACAGAAGAAGAGAGAGAAAGAGAGAGAAACAGAAAGACGGGAGAUGGUGCAGGCCUGCAUGCAUGUCUGCGACUGUGUGUGAUGCAUGUGCAGUGAAGCUAACUGGAGCAGGGGGUCCAGGAUGCGUACACGCUUGACGGCCCGACUGCAGCCGUGUGAUGCAAAACAUUUAGUGAUAGCGUGUGUCUGCACGCACAUGGGCGACUGUUACACUGUGUGCAUGUGUGGACAUGAUGCAUCAGUGACUCAGCUUCAGCUGUCAAAUGUCUGUCUGUCUGUCUGUCUGUCUGUCUGUCUGUCUGUCUGUCUGUCUGUCUUUCUGUCUGCCUCUGUACAAGUGUGUCUGUGUCUUUAUAUGUCUGUGUGUGCGUGCGUGCGUGCGUGCGUGCGUGCGUGUGCGAGUGUGUUUGCAUGAGCAAGUGUGACUGUAACUUGGAUGAGCAGCAGGACCAGACAGCUAGCCCUCAUCAUAUGACUGUCUUUUUUCCUCUUAUCAUCUUUGAAUCAACACACACACACACACACACACACACACACACACACACACACACACACACACACACACACACACACACACACACACAAACUUAGAUAUUCCUUGAAGUGCCUUUGAUGUACCAUGAGAUCAAACAGUGUCUGAGUGUUGUCUGCAUCUGUGUGUCAGCCUGAUUUACUGCUUUGACACACUUAAUUGCUGAAACUUCAUAAAAAUGUGUGUAUGAUUCACUCUUUAUCCUCUUUAUUAAUAUUUAAAUUGUCUCACUUGGGUCACAUCAGAAAUUCUUUUUUACACUUGGAGUGAUCUGUGUAAGUUUCCUGUAGACAGCUUGGUGUCAGAUUGAAGGGGUUCUCUGUCGUCGUUUAUCUGAAGGAAUCAAAUGUCACAAUCGUGUCCGGCUCAGCGCACAGCAAUAAAAACAUUACAGCUCAUCAUCUGUCCUCUUUGCCCUUCUAUUUCUCAGGUCUAGCUGGCCAAUGCCGGGCCCGUCGUGGACAUCUGGUGGCGGUCGAAGCAGCAGCAGCAGUAGUCCUGUGUGUGUGAGCCUGGUGCCCAAGGCCUAGCCCAUGUCCAGCCCAUAAUGCCGUCGUCCACACGGAAAGGGGUGCCGAAGGACCCCGAGCUGGCCGACCUCUUUUUUAAAGAUGACCCCGAGGAUGUCUUUUGUGACCUGCACGAGAUUGGACAUGGCAGCUUUGGGGCCGUCUACUUUGUAAGUGCUUUGUUAGAGUUUCAACAUUGUUGGAUGGACUUUAAACAAACCCACAAAGAAAACCAAUGUUAGGGAAAUGCCAGGAUACAAUGAGAUAAGAGAGCAUAAGAUGAGAUGCAACUUUACAUCUUCAUACAGAAAUGGGUUCUGCACUUUGUCCAAAAAUUACACAAAAGAAAAAAAAAGAUGUAUACAGUAAAGGAAAAACACAUUUAAACACAAAGACAACACUCCAGUGAAAGAUUUAGCACAUUUAGCCCACAUAAACUCCCACAGGAUCCAUAUACAGCACAAACAGUAUAUUAAAGGUUCUGUGAGGAGUUUUGAGCUGGUUAUGAAACAUAAUGAAGUGGACAUUGAAGCUUUUACAUGAUUUAUGAGGCUAAACAAGUUUAAAGAUUUUUAUGCUGUUAUUUCCAAUGCCCAUAACCACAAUGAGGCGGUAGAAGUCAGAGCAGAUGACUGACAGACAGUACCUUGAAAUGUCAGCUUUUUUGCCUAACUUAUUGCAAUCAUAAAUGGAAGGAUAAUUGAUUGUUAAAGGCAAAAAUGCCCCAAAAUGUACCAGAGUGAGAUUUUUAAGCAGGGAAUACUUCUUACACAUGUUCAAGUGCAAGAUCAGCUCUAAAGAAGAGGAACCAGUUUGUCCACAGAGGGUGCUAGAAUGAACUCAAACAGAAAGUUCAUGACAGGAGCUUCAACCAUUUUUGUAUUACUUCGAUAUUUAGCCUAAGCAGCAACCUCCACUCUUUAGCUGGCAGCAAAAACCCCUGAGAGACACAUACACACCCAUCCUGAAACGCCUAUCUUCACAGUAAAAUAGCAUGCCCGCAGACUCAAACAACAAUAAUGUUCAGCCAGUUCUCUUUUUUCACACGCUGUAAAGCCUUUUAUUUUGUUCUCAACACAUUCAAUUUGAAGAUAUAUACAUAAAGACUCUAAGUCAUUUUAUAUGGAAAAAAUACAUUUUAGAGUAAUAUCACAUUUUGUCAUGACUUCCUUUUGUAUGUUGAGUGAAUGCUGAUCAUUUAAUCAGGACUUGAUUUAAAGGUAUUGAAAUGAAAAAGUCAUAGCGUGUGGGGUUAAAAGGACAGAGCUGCAGAAGUGAUGCAGUUGCUGGUAGAAUUUAUUCAGCCCGAGUUUCCUGCUUAAUGGACGGCAUAUGAAUGAAGGGCUCUUUACUACGAGCUGAUUAUUACUACAUGAGUAUGGCUGUGAUUUAUUUAUUAAUUAGCCACCCUACAUAUUCAUUUAUCGAUUUACUGAUUUGUACACGUUGUAAGUGUAGCCCCUGCGACAUUAUGAGCUCUUUGAAUGCAAUUAAGUGGAGACAGAUUCCCUCUCAGCACUUUCUCUGUAGCUUUUCUUAUUAAUCUCAUCAUCACUAAUUACCCAUCAAGCCUUUGAUUCUAAAGCUGAGUUGGGGGGGGGGUGAAAGCAUGCUGGAUCUUUCUGCUCUCGUCAUCGCUCCUCCUCUGCAUAUCAGUUCAUUCCUCUCUGCUCCUCUCCUCUCUUGUCUCGUCCUCUCCUCUCUGCUCCUCUCUUCUCCUCCAGAUGUAGAGCUGGAGGCAGUAAGGCUCCCUCCCUCCCCUCCUCCCUCCCUCUUAAGACAUCUGUUUUCUUGCUAUAGAAAAACAGGAGCUGUAGAUAGCAGGGCAGGAUUUACUUGGCAGAGAAGUAUUUAUGAACCUCUUAUAUCCCUAUGUCAUUUCCACACACACACAAAAACACACACUCACAGACGGCCCCAAUACAUCAUCGGUAGCCCUGGUGCCAAUGUCCGUCUGGCUAACAGGCUCCAAUUUGCGUCUAAAUCCUGCCCUGAUGCCAGCUCUGUGCUCACUGACACACUUAUUCUGUCCGCAUUAAGACUGGCACACUGAUAGCUUUAGCUGUUAGCCUAAGCUGCUCCAGUGAAAGCAGUCCAUAGCAGCUUGUCAGAACAAGAUAUGCAUUUUUUUCCAUAUUUAAACAACUAUCUGUUCUCAAAUCUGUUGACAAAUAUAAGAUGGUUCACAGCCAUUAAUAACAUAAACACAGUAUGAAUGCCAUCACUAGACUGAAUAUAUGACAUUUUAAAUACUUAUAAAUCAUGACUAUGUCAGUGUAGUAAACGUACCGAAAUCAUGAUUAGUCUCCCUUGACCUGGGCACUUACUAAGACUUGUUAUGUAGUGUCAGUGUGUUGUGUUUCGGCUUUUCUGUUCCCUUUUGAGUCAACACUGUGCUAUUCUUGUACUUCUGCAUUUAAAAAUCUUUUCUCAAUGUUAAUUAGAUUUCCUUAACCCUCAAGGGUCCUUAAAGGAGUUUCAUUUAGGUCCUUAGAUGGACAAAAAUGUCCAUCUCCUAAAAGUGCUCUAAAGAAAUUAUACAUUACUAUUUCUUUCCACUUUUUUUUCCUUAAAUUUCUUAAUCAACAUCAUGCCUGAUCAUAUCUAUCAAAUAUUAGUUUAUUUUCAGAAUUUUAACCCUUUAAAUGCCAGUUUAGCUAUAUGAUGUCACUGUUAUUUUUAAUGGGAGAAAAGGGAAUUUGGAGUUAUUUUCCAUAUAUUAGAUGCUGGGCAGGAAUUUCCUUGUUUUUUUUGUUUUUUUAUCAAGGUCUAUGAUGUGUCAAUAUUUAACAACAACAUAAAUUUCGAUGCCUUAUUAUGAUUAUAUAUAUUAUCAUGUAGAAAUAUUCUCUGAUUUCUAGAAAAGUUAUGUUUAGGUCCUUAGUUGGUCAUUUUUGUCCAUCUAAGGACCUAAACAUACAGUGUUUUUGUCACAUAGUGAAUAUUGACCUGAUAUAAUAAUGGGUGGUCAUGUUUUAAAAUUUGGACAGAAAAAAAAAAAACCUGAAAAAAAUCAUCCCAUUUGCAUUAACAGCCAAAAUGAUUAACAAAUGAAAGAUACAAAGUCACCAAAAAUGGGGAAAAAAAUGUCCCUAGAGCCCCAGAGGGUUAACUAAAAACAUUAGUGCCCUUUUGCCCCUUUGCCCCUUGCCCAAUGUCAUCACAAACUAUACACAGUCCCAUUGUCCUCCAAUCGGAAGGACUUCAUUUAGCCUUAAAGGCAAAACCCAAAGCAGCAAGUGUUGCUCAUUAAGCUAAUGGCUAAUAACUAAUGCCAGCUUGCAUGAGCAUAUUACCAUUUCUAUCAGAGCUUGACUUAUCUGGAUUUAAAGCAGCUUGUCAGCGAGAGGACAAAAGUUGUGAUAAGAAACUCAUAGUGAAACUGUGGAAGUGUUCCUUCAGUCCCAGUGGAAGCUAAAACCUUGACUGUAACUCACUUUGGGAGAUAACUAAAGGAACUGAUGAAGGCAUGAAGAAGAACAUGCAAACACACUGAGAUAAGCGUUCAGAUCAUUGAUCUAGUAAGAAAUCUGAGAUACCACACUUUGAUUUUGUUGUACUGUUAUACACCUCUGGGGUGAAUACCUGCAAUAUUAAUACUGCUUUACUGAAAACUAUGCCUGCUGGUUAAUUGCAUUAGAGCAGUAACUAUGUUCAUAACAGCAUGCAUUUCUCUUGUUUAAUGUGCAUGCAGACUCCAAUAAAUUCAUGCCAUAUGAUCAUCCCAUCGUUUAUGCAUGUGAAGAUUAAAGAAAAAGUCCAUUAUAGAGGAGAACAAGGGGAAGUCCCCUUGUUGAGUAUGCAGGCCCAUCAUCCAGGGAUUUGAAGACACUCCACCGUAGCUUACACUGAAUGAAUUAGCCUCAUGUAAUUAUUGAUACACCCCCCUCUCUGCACCAACAAUUAGUUUGAAUGUCUUUUAAUAAUUCAGUAUAACAUGUGUUUUUCCUCUGUUUUCCAUACCCAUCUUUCUAUAUGCUGCACCAGAGGGAGGGGGGUUUUAAACAUGAACUGACAAGCGAUCAUAUGGAUCAAAUGAAUCUGAAAAAAAGUCUAAUGGGAAUAUUGUGCUGCCUGCUGUUACUGUAAUUCCAUUUGGAUCUCAACAUGAAGUUCCCAUUCAUUUGUAAGUGGGAUGAAGCUGAGAUAAGGGCUUAGGCUGAGCCUCAGUGGAGCUGUCCAUGAGGGCAAAAAGCCUUUGAGGUUAACACUGUGGGUUUAACAUGGCUGUGUGGAUGUGCACUGACAACUCCAACACUUAUACUGUAGCUGCAGAAGAACCACACAGCAUUUACCUGCAGGCUUCCUCUAAUCAUGUGGUUUUAGGUUUUAUGCGCUUUGAUCAGGCGGGAAUUUGUUUCAAUUCAAAUGAAAGAAUCUGUUAUCGCCCUGUCACUCUAGUGUGGAUGAUUUGCUUUGUGCAUGCUGUACGGGGUUUUGCAUGCAGGCAUUUAUCUGCACAACAGUCAACCUAUUUAAUGUGUUAAGCAGCACAUAAACCCACAAAAAAAUGUUUGUCAAGCUCUAUAAUGUUGCUUUAAGGUAAACAGAUGUAAAUGUCUGUGUGCAAAUUUUUUGCAUAUAAAAGUCAGAGGAUUACAUAGAAAAAGGCAUUUGUUUAAACGUGCAUCAAGAAAUGAAAAAUGUUUAAUCUGAAACGAAUGAAAAAAGUGAUUAUUCACAAUUCUAAAAAAAAAAGAAAAGAGGGGUGAAGCUUCAAAGAAACGAAACCUCUCUCUAUCUUGGUUAAACAUAAAAAGACCAGCAUGUGAAUGACAGCGCUUUUAACCUUCCAAAUUCUGAAGUUUGACAGUCAUAUAAGGAGCACCAGACAUUUAUUAUUCACAGUAAAAUAAGUUUCCUUCAAAAUUGGUCAAAUUCAAGACAUUUUUGCGCAAAGAAAUACACCAAAUACAAAAAAAAAAAAAAAGUGGUUUGAUGCUCAGAACUUCCUGGAGGAGAACCCUUUGACCAUAGAGACAUAAGUCUUUUUCACAAAAAGAGAAAUAAAUAAUUAUGGGAGGGAGAUUUUUUUUAUUUCAACUUCGAGAUUAAAGUCGAAAUUUUAAAAAAUCAAAAUUUCGACUAUUCAUGUCCACUUUAAUCUCGAAAUUUUAAUUUUGUCAUUCUCAAAAUUUCAACAUUAUUCACAUUUUUGUAAUCUCGAAGUUCUAAUCUCGAAAUGUUGGCUUUAUUGACGUAAUUUCGAGUUUUAUUAAUGAAAUUUCAACUAUCAUCUCAAAAUUUCAACAGAUUAUUUUUUUUCUCUUCAUGUGGCCCUAAUCCUCUUUAGUAGGAAUGACUUUUCCAUUUAGUGUUUGACAUCUUUACUCGUAAUAAUGUGUGUCAGUCUCAGUUUAUUGAUGUGAGAUUGUUGUCAUCAAGUCUCUCAGCCAGGUGUCUUACAGAAAAACCUGUAUCAAGCCUUUAUGUCUUUUGACAGGAUCUCUGUUUACUAUGUUGCAGAUAUGACUUCUUUAAAGUUUAAGGGCUCAACAUUAUUAGACUUAAGCAGGUGCUGAUCACUCUGUUUUUCCCCCUCAGGCACGAAACUCCUACUCCAACGAGGUGGUGGCCAUCAAAAAGAUGUCCUAUAAUGGCAAGCAAACUACAGAGGUAAGAACUAGCGACACACACAGAUGCAGCUGUAAAAGCAUCAUCACACUGUGGUGGCUAACUCAGACAGAAAUAAGAGAGAUUUUUUAUUCUUUUUUUUGCUGUCACACAGAUCAAGUGUUGGAGAAAGCACAAGCUCUCAAUAUAAAAAUACCACAUGUCAAUUCGCUAAUGAUAUUCACCUAACAUUUGACACCACGGUAGCUCCUGAGACUGUCUCAUUUGUGUGCUUGCUUGCCCUGAAGGAACCAAAAUAAUGUGAAAACUAUCCAAAAUAAUUACCUAGCACCAGAUGCAAAGUUUGGAGGAAAACAUGCGCUCCCCUCAGGCAAAAAGUUUAUGCACAAUGUGUUUUAGGAGAGGGGAUUUGUGAUCACAGCUUACAUUUACAAUUCAGCAUCUCUGCAGUUUAGUACGGUUAGAGAAUUGCAAGUCUUUGUCAGAUUCUUCCAUCACGCUGAGGUUUUUGCUCACUGAUUAGCUCCUCUGAAAUAUUUUGGGAUCUUACCUGUCUUUAUUUUCUAUGCUGGUGCAAUACUCUUUAAAACACUCCACUGUCUGUGUAACAGGCCCAUAGCAGAUGUAUAAAAGCUAUUCUACAGGUUUGAGUGGUUGCUGCAGUGAUGCCAGCUGCACCAUUGCAAUCAAAGUCAUAGAAACGCGUCCUUAAGUGUAACCUUGAUUGUACCUGUAGAGUGUUACCAUCUGUGUGUGUCUGGAUUGGUUCUUUGCAGAAGUGGCAGGACAUCAUUAAAGAGGUCAAGUUUUUGGGACAGCUGCGACACCCAAACACGAUUGAGUACAAAGGCUGCUACUUGAAAGACAACACUGCCUGGGUGAGUGGGUCCUUCUCUCCUCUUUAGUUCCUCUCUUUGUUUCAGUCUUGCAACAUUGUUUGUUCAAUCCUUUUCCUUCCCAUCCUUUGUCUAACUGUUUUCCUCUCAGUCUCGACAUCUUUCUCUCUUCUCUUUACCGUGUUUCUCAAAUGCAAACUAUUAUCACUCUAAUAAACAGUGCAAUACAGUACAAUAAUGGUUUUAAUGUGAAAAGUUGGCAGCCAAGAAUAAGUUUGAUUCUGCUCAAACUUGACCUGAAGCUCUCUAAAAGUCUUUUAUUUUAUGAAUGAUGAAUAAUUUAGCUGCAACUGUUUUGUGUUUCAGCUGGUGAUGGAGUACUGCCUGGGCUCUGCAUCAGAUCUACUAGAGGGUAAGAGGUUUUAUUGAUGCCAAAUGUGCAUAAAAACAUCAAAAGUGCAAAUUUAAAGUUGUAUUGUAUGUAUUAUUUAGCAGAUCAAACUUGCUCACAAUUAAAUAUGAUUACACCAGAUUAUUAAAACACUAUUUUGUUUUUGUAAACUUAGAACCUUUGCAGUUUAGCUACAUGGGAGCAGGUCUCCUUACAUGAAGGCUGCCAUCUUUAACUUACACCAUAGCACAAAACAGACAGAAUAAUUCAUAACACAUAAUAUGAGUUAAACCACCAGACAAAAGAUCCUGUUUUAUAGUAUUCAAAGCAAAAAGUGAGGCUUUGCCCGAGAUUGAUAAAAAUAGCUCCCAAUCCAAUCCAUCAAGUGAAAUCAACUCAUUACAUUACUUAGAGCAAUUAUACUCGCUACAAUAUUUUUUUUUCUCUCUUUUCCAUCCCUGAUUUAAGACUAAAAACAAACAUGAUCUUUGAUAGUUUCAUGUGAAUACUCAGAUUAACAAGCUUCUCCGAAAAACUCAAAACUGACCAAAACACAUGAUACAUGUUCGAUCGAUCACUGCAGAAAUAUCCCAGAGUAGGUUCUUGGCCUGAGAUAAUUUAGUGUGGAGCUGAAUUUCUUCAUUCAUAUUUGUUGUAAUACAUUGAUCACGUUCUAAUAUAGAUGGAAGGCUAUUUAGCUUUACCAAAGAACAUCCUCCUCUGCUCAAUGCCUGACCUCCUUGUCUGUUUACCCUUUCAGCAUUCCUGACCUGGACCUCAUGUGUUAUUUUAAGCACCUAUGUGUGUAGUCAUCACUGACGCAGAUACACAGUCCUGACAGUUGGCCUGUUUUUUGGCCUUUUUCUCAGUCAUAGUUCUGCUCUGACCUUUUGCACGGGCAUGCUCUCCCUCUCUGUCUCUGCUACAGUCCAUGGGGAGCCAAUAUCAAAACUGCGAUCCAUAUGGUAGAUGCCAGAGGGAGUGCUCUAGUAGCAAGACAAUAUUUUAAACUUAAACUCCAAUCUUUGAUCCAGACAUGAAGUUUGUACUGCACUGUUAUACACAGAAGCUUUCUUUGGUCUUUUCUAUUCAGAUUUUAUGUCUUAAAGUCCUUAGAGGGUUUGAACUAAUUUCCACUGUGCUUAUUUCUCCCCAAGUUCAUAAGAAACCGCUCCAAGAGAUGGAAAUUGCUGCCAUUACCCAUGGUGCCUUGUUAGGACUGGCUUACCUACAUUCCCAUAACAUGAUUCACAGGUGAGUCAGUUUGUUUCCUCAAUCCAAGCAUUUCCCAACAGGAGGUAAGCCAAAACAUGAUAAGAUAAGAUGAGCUGAGAGACCCUCGUGUUCUCCCUUUAUUGCAGCGUUUACUCAUUAAGCUGUAAAAUCUCAUGUCCAUAAUUACGCUUACGAUUUAUUCUUCUCAAACAUCACUGUGAGGAAAGAGCAGUCCUCCUGUCUCACUAGAGUCCACAGUAUUAUCUUUAUUGGCAGAAAAAUAUGAUCAGCAUCCAGUAAUGGCGCCUUAUAAACCCGUUUACUGUGUAGUAUUGCUCUUAUCUCAGAGAUGUAAUGAUAUCUUUAAAUAUGCAUCACCAGUGGCCUGUCAAAGUUGAGGAGAAACCUCAUGCAUUAGAAGAAUUGAGCUGGCAUAGUUUUCUCAUCUGUAUGUCUACACUCUGUUCAUCUGCCUCUGCCCAUACAGAGAUGUGAAAGCUGGUAACAUCCUGCUGACUGAGCUGGGUCAGGUCAAACUGGCCGACUUUGGCUCUGCCUCCAUUGCCUCACCUGCCAAUUCCUUUGUGGGAACACCUUACUGGUAAGUUUUUCCAAGAAAAAGACAUACUGUCUGCCAGGGGAAACUGAGUACUCCAUGAGCCAGAAUUUUUUUUCAGGGUUAUUCUUAAAGGAGACUAAUCCGUGCUGUUAAUACAUAAAUAUGUACAUACAUACAUAGCUGAAUUGGCUCCAAACACACAUAAUUUUUGGGUCAUUUUGUGACUACAAAGCUGUGUUAAAAAGUAACACCCACAAGCUUUGUCUAACUUUGUAUUUAAAGAGUUUUUAGGCAGAGUCUGAGAAGCACAGAAAUUAGGGUUUUGAUAAUCACCAGUAUGAGAUGGAGAGUUUUUGAGCUACCCUAUAGUCGUCCAAGACUGACAUCAUAAAAAGUUUUUUUUUUUUAAGUGUAUAAUAGGCCUGCUUUCAUUUGCAAAGAAACUUCAAAUACUUUACCCAAGUUUGCUGCUUUUACUGUUGUUUGUUUCUUUUUGUUGUGCCUUUCUUCCUCGCGUAGUUGAAACUUUCCUGUCAAUGGUUUUAAAAUUUUCACGCCUGAAUCUGAUCAGCAUAAAUUAAAGGUAUUUUUGUUUGUUAAGUUCAUGAGAAAAUCAAUCUGGGUUUGGGCUGUGAGAACAGGGUUGACCAUUGAUUCAGAAAGUAAGAGAACUGAGAGAACUCUUACACACUAAAUGUGAAAUAUAGGGUCAUCAUUGUGAUUCUUGGUGCCAUAGUUCUGACAUAUAGAAAUAUCUGACAUAUAUAAAUAGAAUAAAACCUAAACCAUUUGCCUGAGUACUAAAGGACAGUGGGAUUUGUCCAGCUACGUUGAUUUCUUCUCUAAAAAUAGCGGGUUGAUCAGGCUAAUGCCUCAUGUUUAAUGUUGAGGAAUCACUCUUUGUGGAUUUUCCUCUGAUAUAGAAAUCAUCAGUCAGACAUUCCCCUCUGUAUUAUUCUCCUUACACACUUUGUGUAAGCUUUUAUGUUGAAUGAAAAUCAUCACAUAAACAGCCUGACCAGUGAUGGACUCUCAUCAUCCCAAAAGCCCACAGCAUACAACUGUGUCCCACACGUCUCUCUUUCUCUCUCUCUCUCUCUCUCUCUUAUACACACACACACGCACGCACAUUUCGUUGUCACACUCCACAUUUAGAGAAACACACACAUUUUCCAAAAACCGAGCUGCUAUCACAGCAUACCAGAGUCUUUAAAAGCUCUGAGAGGCUUAGCAGAUUAUACCGUUUUCAUGGAUUUUUCCCCAUACUUAAUAAACUCUGAGUGCAUGUGUAUAUGUGUGUGUGUGUGUGUGUGUGUGUGUGUGUGUGUGUGUGUGUGUGUGUGUGUGUGUGUGUGUGUGUGUGUGUGUGUGUGUGCAUUUGCAUGCGUCUCUCUCUGUCCUCAGGAUGGCCCCAGAAGUGAUCCUAGCCAUGGACGAGGGCCAGUAUGAAGGAAAAGUGGAUAUCUGGUCCCUGGGGAUCACUUGUAUUGAACUGGGUGAGCUUUUUUCCCCACCUGCUACUCAAAGGAUGAACUUCUAAACCCAUGAAGUCAGAAAUUCAACUCAUUUAAGCUGAUUGACCUUUAUCAGAAGGACAGAUAAUCUGAUCUUAUUUGAUCCUGCAAGCUUUUGGGACUUGUUGAUUGUGAAAACUUCAGCACUAACCCAUCUCUCUUCUCCCGUUCUCCCCUGCUUUAUUCCAGCGGAGCGCAAACCGCCCUUGUUCAACAUGAACGCCAUGAGUGCCUUAUAUCACAUCGCACAGAACGACUCUCCCACGCUACAGUCCAAUGAGUGGUGAGUUUCAGACACACCUCUCAAAUCUGAACGAUUAUUUUUGUGCUUGUUUUUCUGCUCCUUUUGUUUCCGUUAUUAAAAAAAAAAAAAAACACUUUUUCCAAAUGUUGUCCACUUUGAGAUCAGUCAAACCACAAAAUGACAAAAAUGGGGAUGGAAUUUGACCACACAAUCGUCCACUAAACAAUAAAAAUCCAGUGAAAGCGCUGCCAUGGCCCUUCCAGUCGAAUGUGAGUGUAAAGCUCAAUCGGAUCAGGGCUCUGUCAGGGUAAGACUUGCCUGUGUUAAUCUGCAUGACCUGUGACCCCUGUGACAGGCAUUGUGCAAGGUCGCACUUAAAGCCCCUUAUGUAAUUACAGAAGAAACCUCCACCAAAGAAACACUGUGUGAAGAACAACACCACUCCUGCUUUGCUAAAAGAGAUCUUUAUCUGUACAGAGUUUGAGUUAUUCUAAUAUUAUUCUAGCGGUUUUAGAACUAUACAGUUUGUGUUUGCUGCACUAACUGGGAUGUUUCUUUGAACACUGACUAUGUGCUCUGAGUCUGUUAUGGAGAAACAACCAGCUUUAUGCAUUAUUACAUGCUGCUCUCAGCCUCAGAGUUUAUUAUUGCAGAAACUAAUAGAUUCUCUAGAGACUGUCCUUCCAGACAUCAAAAACUUUCAGCAAUUAAAUUUAGGCCAGCAGGUUGAAAACAGCUCUUUGCUGUGUCUUUGCAGUAUCAUCAUCUCAUGCUCAGUGCUGGAAGUGCACCUUGUUUUAGUUAGGAUUAGUUGUGUUUCUGGAGAGCAUCACAAAGUAAGAUAUUUUUAUCUUUAGUUCAUCUCACAAAUAAAGCAAACAUGUAGAAGUGUUCGUUUCGUCUGUAUUCAGGAAAUAUCUUUGUCUGUUGAAAGUUUUUUUUUAUGUAAAGAAAUAAUAAAACCAGAAGCAUCUGCUCUGCUGCCGUGUUGAGAAGCACAAUAUCGACAUCAUAUUGGUUCAUCCUAUUUGGAGGAUUUCUUUCUAGGGAGGAUUAAUUAAAUUUUGAGAAAGUUAUUUGGAAGAGGUGAGAACAGGAUUGUCAAAACUCACUUUUCCUUUUCGCUGUCUUUCCAUUUAUUCUCAAACCAGUUAAUCUUCUUUCCUCCUCUUACCUUAUGUGUAAUUUACGAGCACAUGUUCAUAAGAUGAGCUCAACAAAGUAGGACACGGGACAGAUCUGUUCGCACUAUUUAAUAGGAAACAUAGAGUGGAGAAAGUCAAAUAAUAGGAGCGUGAAAUAAGUGAUGCAGCAAGUCUUCCAGAGUUGCCCUGAGUGGCUGCAGACACUGCUCACACGCUGCAUGUGAGGUGUGAUUCUCAGGGCGGAAGUAAAACUAAUGAAAUAUUCAAACUAUGUUUGCUGUUCUCCCUAUAAUUUACCUUUCGUGUACGUCUUUCUGCUCUCACUGCCAUGGUAUGAAAGUGAAGUUUGCAGGCAGAGUCAUGUCAGUGUUAGCUCGCUCAAAUGUUUCGCAGGAAUGUGUUCGAAAGAAUGUGUGUUUUCCGCACAGUCAAGGUGAGAGGCAGAAUUUUGUUCUCUACCUGCUUCAGCUUACCCUGAAGGCAUCCAUGGCCUUCCUGAGUCCGCAGAUUCAGCUUUCAAUUAAAUAAAACCUUAAAAGGAAAAACUUAUCAUCACUGCUGACACUGUGAAAGUCAAUUGAAACUCCUGCUUUGCUGCUUUGACUGUGCAUUGAGAGUGCCUGCUGCAAAAUUAGCGGGUUUUUUUUGUAGCCACAGUGUUCUAGCAGGCGGGGGAUUGUGCGAGGCUGCGCAGGGUUGUAGUAUUUUUGGAGGAGCUCCAGCAGCCUGAGGCGUCGGCAACAUCCAGCCAGAUGAGACGAGUAGAGACAUCAGCCUCAUAGUGUAACUUCAGCGCAUAUAUACAAGGACACACUGUACACACAUCGGCCUGACAUGUACAAGUGCACUCAUGGACCUUUGUGAGCCACAGAGGACACUAGAUUUAGAGGCCACAGAGGUGCGAGGUGAUAACAAGGAGCACUUUCUGACCCACUAACGUCCAAGCAUGGAUGGGAAAUCCAAAUCUCAAACAGCACCUCAGAAGAGUGCUUUACCCCGACGACCCAAAGGAGCAACUGAAACAUGCAGCAACCUUACACACAGUGGUUUUCAUGAGCGUAUUUUUAGAUCAGAGUCAGUGGCACGGUGCUCCACAGCUCCAGUGGCCUAUAUUUUUAUUGCUCCACAUAUUUACAUAAUCCAUAGAAGGUUCAUAUAUAAGGCUAUACUUAGAGAUUACAUAGGAUUGUUGUGAUUUAUUUCAUUGAUAUGAUAAACACAGCUCAUGAGGAGAUUACGUAAAGCGUUCAUCAACAUUAAGUACAUAAGGUGUGGUCUGUCAUUACAUUAUCACUGCUGUCUCUGCUGAACUUAUCCUGGUUUAACUGGGUUUGAUGGAGAUGGGAAUCAUCGACCUCCUUCUUUGUCUCUCCUCUCCCCAGGUCUGACCCUUUCCGGAGCUUUGUCGACUACUGCCUACUGAAAAUUCCUCAGGACAGACCCUCGUCAGGGGAGCUGCUACGAGUGAGUGAGCUUCCUUUGUAAUCCCUCUAGCUGUGACCUCACUUCCUGUCUCAGUCACUCCCUGAGCCAAGGGGAUGAGUCACUCCCACCAACCCUCCCACGGCUCCCUAAUACGCAAGAAUAUACACAGUGUCUUCAUGAGGCACCCCCUGCUGAGAGGGGCUUACUCUAUCUCUCUCUUAUUUUUUUUUUUUUUCAUUGUAACUUCACUUCCUGUGCCCUGCCUUGCAGCAGUGGCGCUCAGAGCCUAAAAAUAACAGUUUGCAUUUGCUUCUCACAUCACUUCUUCAGAGCCCGGCAUAUAUGGGUUUGAAAAUAUUGUCACAACACUUUCUAUAACCUCAUUUCCAAAAAAGGCGGGAGGCUGCGUGAACUGUUCAUCAAAACAGACUAGCAAGAUGAAUCAUAUGUAAAUUUUACGGCUACAUCUUAUUGAAAAUACUGCAAAGACAACAUUUCAAAUGUUAAAACAGGAUAAAGUUACUUGGCAAAUGUAUGCUAAUUUUAAAUAUGAUGCCAGUAACGCAUUGAAAACUGUUUGGACUGAUGGGACUGGGAUAUGUAGACUUUUGUGUUGUCGUCUUUUGACAGCACUCUGUAAAUGUUUGGAAACCAAGGAGACCAGUUUCCGGGGUUUUGAACGUUAAAUACUGUGCCAUUCUUGCCUGAUGAAGGAUUUUUGUUUCAAGAGGCCCCAAGGGUUUUCAACAGGUGACAAGUCAAGACUGCAGACAGACCAGUUUAGCACCUCUUACGCAGGCUCUUGUACCAUAGAGACAUGCUGAUGUAACAUGUGCAGAAUGCAGGUUUGUCUUGCAGAAAUAUGCAAAAGUCUUGAGAAAGCCAUUGUCUGAAUGGCAGUGUAUGUUGCUCUAAAACUUGAGUAUAAUGCUCCACAGUAAUAGUGCCCACUCAGAUACCCAUGACAGGGGCUCUUAUGCAUCCCCAUACCAUUAUGGAUGCUGUGCACUCUCUUGAAAACAGUAUCCAUGAUUUUCAGAACAAAUGUCAAGUGUUGGUUUGUUGAACUACAGAACGAUUUCAGUCCACGGUUAGAGAACCGUGUUGAUAGUAUCAGAUAUAAAAUGGGCUUAUAUUUUUCUUAAAGCAAUAACAUAUUUUAGUUUCAACAUUGAUAUGUUGUCUUUGAACUAUUUCAAAUUAAUUUUAGGGAUUUUAAUGAGCUCCUAACUAUCAAAUCUUCUUUAUUAUUGUUUGACACAGCAUCCCAACUUUUUUAGAGCUGAGGUUGGAAAUGAGGUUUGCAAGAUAAUUUGCAAGAUAAGAAGCAUUCAUGAUAUUUUCAAUGUGCAAAACAAGUAUAUAGGUUUCCACUUGAUGUUUUUACUGAUUACAGUAGAGCCAUGAAAGAAAAAAAGCAACGAUGCAGAGGUGAUAGGAUUCAUGUUUAUCACUUCAUUAACAUUGUAGGCCACCUAAGUACCGUAUAGUUCAUACUUACAACUUCCACACCAGUUUUACAACCCAGAAUAUUAGCCAAGAUAUUUUCUUCCCCAAACUCUUGCAAAAAAAUCUCCUCAGAGUGUUACUUGUCAUGAAGACUUUUGGUCAUAGUUUCCAUUUCCAAUCCAGUAAUGAAUCCCAAAAACAAAAUUUAGAUGAUGUUGCAACAAUCCCACUAUCUCUGUUCUUUUUUGAGUCACUCUGCACUGUCUGCUUGAAAAUAAGAGGCACUGUAGCACAUGUAGUAAAAUCUAAGACUGAGAAACAGUUGCAAAUCUGUUUUUAAAGUGUUAUUCUCUGGCCACCCUAUCCAAAAACCCAAAUGAACUUACAAGUUAAUCCGUGUGCGUUCAUUGUGUUUCCCUGUAAUUGAAGAGUUUAUCUUUUUGUUUGUCUGACUAGCAGGUAAUCCUAUUGGACUGGUAAGAGUUUUAUGUUGGGGUGAUCACACUCAGCAGCGCAGUAGCAGGAGUUUUCACACCUGCUUCACUUUAAGGAGGAGGAGGAGGAGGGGAAGUCAAAAAGUUAGGCUGUGAGAGAUACGGGGGUCUGGACUGUAGUUUGGGGAGGAUCUAUUUUAGACUGUGAUUCAGUCUUCCCAACACCCCUGACCCAAAUCCAGUCCAAAAAACCAUUAAAGAGGGAUAAGUACCAAACAGACUUUGGAUCAGUGUCGAAGGGGCUGCUUCAUACUGAAGAGCCUGGGGGGCUGGGGUGUUAGCUUAUGAUUAAUACCCCACUUUCUCUUCUCACGCACACAUGCAUCUACAAGCACAAAAUCACUUAUUCUUUCAGCGCACGCACACACACACACACACACACACACACACACACACACACACACACACACACACACACACACACACACACACAGAUAUACAGCGACGCAGACACACGUCCCUCCAAGCUCUUUAAAGAGGAAAUCAGGUCACUAAUCUGGUGGCCUUGAGCUAUCAGUGCUCUGGCUUCAGGUUAGAUGCCUUUUCUCCCCGUAAACCUUGGUCAGAGUGAUAGUAUUUAAAUAUGUUACAAAGUCAUCACCUCUUACUGACCUUCAGUAAACACUAAACAUACUCCGCUGAGCAAAAAUACUCUAUUGAUAUGUAAAAAAUUGCCGUGAGGUUAUUUUUUGUUAUUCCAUACAUUAAAGCUCCUGCGAGGAGUUUUUCAACGUUCAUGAAAUAGCAUGAAAUUCAUAUUUAUACCUUACUAUUAUAUCUAAAAGCAAACUAGGACAUCAAGGAUGAAAUUGACGAUUGUUUUAUGGCCUACGUAGGGCUGGGUCAGCCAAUACUGCUAUUUCAACAGGGAGCUACAACAAACUUAAAGCUCCUCACAGGAGCUUCUCGAACUCUGCUUGCUUUGUAAUGAAGAUAAAACUUGAAAGUUACCAGUGCGGUAAAUAUGUAGUUUUAUCGAGCAGCUGCUUACCUUAGCUUUGUUAUAUGACUGCUAAUAGGGAGAUGUAGCUAGUUUUGCUGUGCCUCAAGGUAAAAAGGGGAGGGAAAAAAAACAUGUAAAAGUUCUCUGUAAAGCAGUAAAUGUAACAUUUUACAUUUUAGGGUUCAUGAAGCUUGGUUAAGAUUGUUUGCCUUGGGCAGAGUAAAGCUUGACUUCCCUUUUUAUCCCAGUCUUCAUGAUACGCUAAACUAAACUAGCCACUGGCACCAGCUGUGUAUGUGAUUUUACACGAAUUUGAUCUCUUCAUCAAACACAUCUGCUAGAAAGAGGAGAAGUGUUUCUCCAAAAUGUUGCUGUCUGGGGAUUUUUGCUCCUGCUGCUACUGCCUAAUUGCAGUGGAAAUAAAUUCGAUGGACUAAAGCAAAGUGGGUACACUAAAAAAGUUAAUAUUAAUAUUCGAUGAAAAAAACUAAUGAGACUUAACGGUGUAAAGUCUAUGAGGAAGAAUCAAGGAUUCUGGCCUCAGUUUAAUCUUGAUUCAGGGAGGAUAGAGAGGAUGCUGUCGCUUCAUUUUAACCCUAAUCUGAUAAUGAGGAAGAAUCCUGGGUGAUGGGACGGGGGUGGCCAACCUCCCACACUCUGGUGUUGGUCCGUCAGGAAACGGGACAAAUCACUCUCAUCUCUAUUUUCAGAGCGUGAUGUCACUCCCCCGUGUCCUGACUAACCCAUUACACCAGCAUCUGUCACAUGGACAGGAAGGUGUGCAGAGAAAGAGAGCUGGAGGAGACAGACCUAAAAAUACACUUUUACUUAUUCUCUUUACACAGUAUGUAUAUUUUAGUCCUGCACUCCAAGGAUGCAUACAUUUCAGCUGCCCAACCACACUAUAUUUUAUGAAUGAGAGUGACUAAGAGGAGGUGUGAAUAUGUGAGUGCGAGGAGUAGGAGGAAGCACAGGGGAGAGAAGAUUUUAUGGGGUUUUUUUUGGUAGAUUUUUAUUCUCAUGUUGAUGUCAAGCUGUGUAAAAUGCUGAAAAAGAAAGCAGAUAACUAAAAACAGGACAAAUCACCGCCUCCUUCUGCCCUGACCAAAACCAGCUUCCCCCAGCCACUCUGACCUGCUGGUUAUGUAACGCAAAUAAAUAAUUACAUGAGUGCAUAAUGGUCGAACCUCUGACAAAUUACACCUCCAUCAAAUUACCCAAAGGUUGGUUUGCCUCAGUGGAGAAGCCCAGCACUUGUGACUUUGAUAAAAAAAAAAAAUGUGUGUAAUCACUCUCAUCAGUUCAGUGUGAGACUAGUCUUAGAUCAUUAGAUGGUGAAUUAAUGAAACUUAUAAAUGCAUUUGCCCUUUUGGGUAAUUUUCAUUUUUUUAAAAGCAGUGUGUGUGUGCAGCAGCAGCAUCUUUUGGGUUUUGUUCCCUUCAUACAAUCAAAUUAUGAUCGCCCCCCCGAUUCAUUUUUUUUCCUAAGGCAGAUAAACGCCUUGAGAGAUUUUAGGCAAACAAAAACUUCCACAUAAAAAAGACAGAAACCUCCUCAUUACUCAUCUUCAAAUUCCUUAAUGGUCUUUGUCUAAUUUAUCUGCAGCUUCCGUUAACUUCUGGGUAAAGAAAAUCCAUUUAAGAAAUUAUUUGUUGGGAUGAAAAGGAUUAAGAGUGUUUUUUGAAAAUCAAUUUUAUGGACAGUCUUACACACAUCCCAUGUGUUCAGUGUAAAAGAGGAUGAAGUGUGCUGGGACUCCAAGGAUGGACUGUGCAACCUAACAGCGCCCUCUAGUGACAGACACAGACGUGGUGUUUAUUGCAAUAACAGACUGAAUGAGAAAAGGUUGAUGUAGAUGUACUCUUCAAAAUAAAAUAUCCCUAAACUAGGUUAAUAAGAUGUUUUUUUUAUAAAAACAGUCUUCUUCUUCCUGCAGAAAUUGUAUAUGCAGAGGAUUAUUAAUCUGUCAUCAUCAAUCAAACAAAAUUUCUUAUUGCUUCUCAAGAGUUUUUACUUGUUACUUGUACUUUCAUGGACAGCAUACCUUAAGUGUAAGUGAUUUAAAAGUUUUUGAAACAAAGCUGAUUGAAUGGCUCUGGAACCACCAGCAAGUUUAAAAGUCUGAAACCAAAUUACAUUCCCACUAUAAGGGAAAAAGGACAAGAGCUGGAGAUAAUUCAGUCAGAUUUUCUGUUCCCAUUUUAUUUUUUGAGACCAUUUUCUUCCAAUUGUCCCAUUUCGAAAAAAUAUUUGGCCAAAUACCUCAUUGUUUUCUUUUUUUUUCUCUGUCUCUCCAGCAUGAUUUUGUGCGACGAGAACGAUCGCCACGCAUUCUCAUCGACCUUAUCCAGAGGACCAAGGAUGCGGUGCGAGAGCUGGACAACCUGCAGUACCGCAAGAUGAAGAAGAUCCUCUACCAGGAGAAACACAACGGGCCGAUGGGAGAGAGCCAGGAGGAGGAAGAGGUGGGAGGAGGGGGAGGGAAUGAAGAGUUAACGGACAAGAUAAGAGGGGUCAAGAAGAUGAGACCAAAAAAAAUCAAACAUAUGUUAGCGUUGGAAAGUUUGGCAGACAUUAGGGGAAGGUGUUUGGAAUCGAAAGAGUUAAAAACAUGAAAACCAGUCGAGCCAGCGGGCUGUCAUCACCUCUAUUGUUUAUGGUUUUUGUGGAGAGUCACAUUCAGUUCAGAUUUACUGUCACAGAGUAAACUUUUGUGUGAAACAGAUACACCACAUAACCACAGUGUUUGUGUCACAGCAGCAGGAACAGACGAUAAUCAGUGAGCGGGGUAAUCCGUUUAGGAGCAUUUAUCAGCAGUCAGGGUCGUCUUUUACAGUGGUGUUAAAGUUGAACUAUCAAAAACUUAUUGAUUCAAUAACACUUGAUUUGGUCAAGGAAACGUAAAAAUGAUAAUAAAGUGCCAGCCACAGCCUUUAAGAUAUUCAUGAUCAAUUAUAAUGAGGGAAUGUUGAUGUUUGAGAAUUGAAAAUGGAAGCUUUUCUGACUUUUUUUGACAGACAGUUGAUUAUAAUACUAGACAAGUAACUUUAUUAUUUGAUUGAUCAAUUGAUUAAUUCCAUGCUGCACUUAAAACACAAGAAUUUCAACACUUGUUAAGGACUUACAGUACUUUAAUUCUCUGAAGUAAUUUCAGUAUUAUCUUUUUCUUGUUUUAGUAGGAGUCGUAGAACAUUGUUUCCAGUCAUUAUAUAAUAAUGUAUAAUAAUAUAUUAUAAUACAACGAUUUUCUCAGUCCAGACACUUGAAACAAAGCUGACCGUCGUAUAUUCAGCAGUGACUGAACAGGCAGAAGGAAAAUGUUCAUUUAGGCUUGCUCCACAUUUUUAUCAAAUUAACUCACUUCCAGGUCGAUCAUAAACACUUGUAACCUUCAAAAACAUUUUUUUUUAAAAAACACCAACGACAGAAACACAUUCUCUCUUUCUUAGCUUUUUUAACGGUAAACUUCCAAACACUUUGGAUUUUUCAAGGCAGGGACAAUCCUAUGAUGUGUAAUAAAAGUAUCAGUCUCAUGAUCAUGUCCAGAAGAAGCAGAGUAAAUAAAUGAGAUCCAGUGAACUCUGAUUCAUCGCAUGAAGGCUGAAGGCAGGAUGAUUUCUUUGGUGUAAUGUUAGUGAUCUUACUGUAGGUCUGAAAGAGAGGCUUACUACAUGCCAUCCUGUUUCUAAAACGGCCCUCAUGACUGCGUUUAUUUAUUUUUUUCACUUCUAAUAAUGUUUUAAAGAACCUAGAAAUACAGUUGACGGCUGCUCACAGCAGUCCGGCGCUUAGACAUCACAACAAACUCCCCCUACAGCCACAGCAGCGUGACAUUGAGAUGAAAUGUCCCUUAGCUGACCCUGCUCUGAGGCGGCAGGAACAGGCAUGGACAGCCAGCAGCCACAGCAGCAGUGUCAUCCUACACCACAGGAAGAAAGACACAGCAGCUACCCAGAGCUCGCUGCAAGGAGAUGCAGCUGCAGGCUUAACUGAGGAAACCUGCAGUCCCAAACCUUGUUUCUGGUUUCAGAGGAAGACACAGAAGCUGAUUACAACACCUCAAUUAUGUUCUGUUACUGCAGACUCAAAGUAUCCAUCUGCUACAACUCAAAGUGUGCAGUUUGACCCCAAUUUCCUAUGAUCUAAUCACGCUUAAGUGGCCUUCUAACAAGAGGGCAACAAAAUUAGACAAAUCUACCACAAGAUGAGAAUUAACACAGGUGAAAGAUACAAACACACAAAUCUAAACACAUACCAAUCUGAUGUUACAUGUCAAUUUAGAAUGACUUUGACUCUAAUGUCAUCUGGAGGUUAAUAGUGUUAAAGUGACUGCAUGUAAUGACACAAUUCAGCCAGACUUGUGCGUAUCAAAGACAAAAGAGUCUGCAUGUGUCAUUUAUGGUUGUUUCUGUGAUUAUAAAUAAACGUGUUUGUGUCUUUGGAUGUUCUCUUGCAGGACAGUGAAGCGGCCAGCUGUAAGAUGAACAGCCUGGGCAGCAACCACUCCAUCCCCAGCACAUCGGUCAGCACAGGCAGCCAGAGCAGCAGUGUGAACAGCAUGCAGGAGGUGCUGGACGACAGCUGCUCUGACAUGACUAUGAUGCACCCGCCGGACUACAGCAGCACCCUGGACUCCUCCCCACACACCAAGAAGGUAAAAAAGUAAUAGGUCAAUGUUGGGGUAGUGGGAGAGACUGGUGAGUUUUCAGGGCUGAAUGGCACAAAUGAAGUCUCAACAUGCAGAAAGGUUGCGCCACUGACUUUGGACUAGAAUUUUUGCUGUUAAUAGCCAUCUCUGGUUCCAACCCAAGGUUUCAUCUAGUAUAAUUCAUCAAAAAGCAGACCAUUAUCAAAGUUUAGAAUCCAUCGAAAGUUGUGAAUCACAUCUUUAUGGCACCAUAUCAGGAUGUCAAUUAAGUAAAAACAUACUGAGCUGCAAUUAUCUGUAUUAACUACAAUGAAAAAUGAUAUCCCAUGAUGAUGCCACGCUGUUUUCAGUUCAAAUCAGUACUCAGUGAUCACUGGAGAAGCCAUCCAUAUGUUUCUACCACAACUCAUCAGCUAAGGUUAAAAAAUAAAACUUCAACGAUGUUUUAUAUUAUGAGGAUAUUUUAAGACAAAAUCACACUUUGUUUUGUUCUGUCACCCCCGUAUGACUGCUAUUCUCUCAGUCUUUUAGUUUGAAACACCCUUCUUAUUAAUGCAAAUGAUGUUCUCAAGCAUUUUGACAUUAUCAUUUUUCUCCCAUUAGUAUUCUCAAAUAUAUAUUUUAUAUAUAAUGUGACUGUAUCUAAUUAUUUCUAAGGUAACAUGUACUCCUUAGUUUAUGGAAGAACUCGGCUUCAGUUCACAUUACACUGAUUCUCACUUUUACGAAUUUGUUUAUGAAUGACAGGUCUGAUCAGUUAUAUAUUUUGGUGUCAGUCCACCAAAUUCUACUGAUUUACUGUAAGGUCUUUCAAAUGUCCUUUACACAGAGGGAAAAACCGUGAAACACAAACAGUAAAUCCUCCUAGAUGGAGCUAAAACCUAAUCAAAGACAAAGAGAAACUUUGACCUUUUUCAAUAAUUUCCCCUUUCUUUGUAUUACCUGGUUGUUGAAAGUACCAUGUACAACUUUAGGAUCAGCCUCUUAGGAGAUAAUUAUAUGGAGAGGGUUUUUUUUUUGCAUCUUUUUAGUCCUACCAAUAAACCGCUCAUUCACUAAGAGAAAAUAUUUCUUAACAUUUGAGGCCUCUAGACAGCUAGAGAAAUCCACAAUAAUAAAUAAGUGAUGAACAUAUUAAUGCAGCAGUAAUUCUGAUUUAAUAAUCUAAUAUUUAUUACUCUAAUGCUGAGUUAAUUAGAACUACAAUUUAAAGGAAAAUGAUCAAAGUGCUUUUCUCACCAUUUAAGUAUUUAUUUCAAGCAAAAAAAAAAAAAACAAAAAAAAAACAGAAAAAAGCUGCUACAAAAUAUUAUCUCACAAGAAAGAAAUUUCUGUAUUAUGAACCUCUGAGGGUUUCUCUGAAGGGAAAGGUGUCCUCUGAAUCCUGGCAUGUAUUUAGCUACUCAAGGGACCUUAGGCUGGAAUUUAACCUCAGUCACCUGUGUGAAGCAUGACCUCCUGACAUGGGGCACAUUUAGACUUCUAGGCCAGCAAUGCCCUGAGAUAUUUGGUCCCAAAACUGUCAGCCCCCUAACUCAUUGUCUGGUGAUUCACACACCUCUGAGCUCUAUUUAUUAAUAUCAGACAAGAUGGUUCUUUGGUAUAUCUUAAUUAAUGCAAUCGAAGAUACUUAACUGCUGGAAUAAGAGUGGGUUAAUGUCUUUGGUUGAUGCUAAAGUAUGUUUAAGCUGUAUUUUCUAACACUUUGACAUCUCAGAGGCUUACUGCUCUGUUAAAAACCUUAGCUCCUCACUGCCCCCUUUUGCCUCUGUGUCUGUGUAUGCAGGACCUGCUAGGCCAAUUGCUAUUUUAGGAUGAAAGUGCUGUAGAGAGAGACAGGGAGGGCCUCUAUUAUGGUAUUAAAGAGGAAAUAUUUUGACUUAAAAUAUUAUUGAUUCCCUUCGCUUUAUCCAAAAUGAUAUCUGGAAUAUAAGAAUAAGAAAUUUCAAUAAUACCCUUUGAUUCCAGAAAUCUGGUUCGGUACAUUUUCAGGGGAGCUGAGAUUAAAUAAAAGAAAGUCUAAUUAGUUCUGAACCAUGUAGAGAUUUCUAAGAAUCCUUACUGAAUACACGAAAAGACAUGGUCAGCUACCAGCGCGUUCCUCAUACAAUGACUCCUUUUCCAGUCUAAUUACUGUGCACUCAAAAAUAGCAAGGACACAUGGCUGCGCAUAAACAUCGUCUGACUUUUUUUCUGUUUUCACGAGUCCCCGAUCUUCUCAAAACCAUGGAAACGCGAGACACAAUCCUCACUGUCUGACUGAUCGCUUCAAGUUCAUCACUAACACCAUUCACACUCUGAGAACAAAAGCUGUGUACACACAUCAACAUGCAGCAAACAGUCCCCAUUUCCACACUUGCAGCUCUGUCAUCCUGCACGCUGUGUACACAGGUUAGCACAAUGCCUAACACUCUGACUGAAUACCUCAUAUGACUUAAAACUGAACGAGGAGAGGGCUGUCACUGCUCUAUCAUUCCCUUUCUUCAUCUGCUCUUUGUAUUUUGACAGAGGCUGAAUGAGCAUGUCACUUUAUGAACAGACAGACAGACAAUGUGUUGUUUCAAGUUCAGGGGCUGAGCUGAGAACAAAUGAAAGUGACACACACUGUCUUCAAAUGCUGAUCAAGUUCCCUCCUCAUGAAUAAACUCUUUGGUCCUCAGCUUUUAACGGCGGGACUGAAUGUUGACAUUUCAUCAUGCUUUUACAGAGGUUACAGUUGACACAGUUUUAGCAAAUGUUGAAGAUUCCUUUUGAAAUGCAGAUUUGGUGAGAUUUAAAUCGACGGGGAAUUUGUUAUUUAAAAAUUCACAGAAAGAUUAUGAAGUGUUCAAACACUGGCACACUUUUCGGUGAGUGAAAGUCUGAAAUAAAAGUGCACAGUUUUCACCCUCAGUUUGGGACGCCUGAUUCUGGUUUUGUGCUAUUUUAAUGCAAAAUAACUGUGACUGAAUCCAGAUCUUUGACGUCAUGACUUCCUAUAAGAUUAGAUGAGAUGAAAUAAGAUAAGUGGAGAUGACAAAGGUGGAGAUGAUGUCAGAUGAGAUGAGGUAAGAUGACAUACGAUAGGCUGAGAUGUGAUAAUGUGAGAUGAGAAAAACACAAAUUAAAAUAAGAUGAAGUAAGUCAAAAUCAGUUAAGAUGAGAUAAGAUUAAAAGAGAUAAUGAGAACAGAUAGGAUAGAAGAAACUUGAUGAGAUUAGAUCAGAUGGUGUACUAUGAAAUAAAUUGAAGUGAGAUAAAAUGUGAUGAGAUAAGGUUAAAUGAGAUUUAGAUGACAUAAAAUGAACUGAAAUAUAAGGUGAAAUAAGCUGGGGUGAGGUGUGAUGAGAUAAGAUUAAAUCAGAAGAGAUAGAUGAGAUGACAUUAAAAGAGAUUAGUUGAGAUUCCCCAAACUCAGAUGAGAUGAGAUACUGUAUAUAGGGAUGAGAAAAGAUUAAAUGAGAUGUGAUGAUAUUAAGCACUUUAUUUAUUCCUCAGGAUUUUCCUCGUGGCAGUUUGCUCCAAAAUUAUUGUAUAAGAUAGCAUCAAGUAUUUGUGAAACAUCAAAGCACUAAACCCCCAAAAUACCAAGUGCAUGCAGAGAAAACGUAUCUAAAUUGGAAAUAAAGUAGGAACUCACUUAAGUUCACUAAAUUAAAGAUACAGUGUUUUGAAAUUGGAUGAUCUAGUGAUAUCUAGCAGUUCUAGAUAUCUAGAUAUAUAGUCCAUUUCUGCCAAAUCUGUUCUGAUACUAAAUUCCACAUACUGUACCUUUUAGUACCAAAGUAAGCUUUAAAUAAAUAAAUAGAAUUAUUGAGAGCUUCAUUUACAUAAUUAAGAGGUAAAAGUACUUUUUAAUGGACAAUAAAUAAAAGUUCACAUCAGAUUCACACAAUUCAGUCCAACCCCUUUGAAAAAGUCAGCCAUGCAUGUAUAUCUUUGGCCUUAAAAAUGUACUGGGCUGCCCUUAGAUUUUUGCAAAUAUUCUGUUAUAUCCUUUCAGGGGAUAACACUAUCUUAAUGAAACUUUGAAAUAAUGCAAAGUAGUCAGUGUGCUGCUUGAAUAACAGUAUAGAUUUAUUGUCAAUUGAAAAUUACUCUGUACACAGCUGUUAACGUCUAAACAGCUGGCAACAAAAAUGAGUACACCCCGUAGUGAACAUGUCUAAAUUGUGCCCAAAGUGUCAAUAUUUUGUGUGACCACCAUUGUUAUCUAGCACUGCUUUAACCCUCCUGGGCAUGGAAUUCACCAGAGCUGCACAGGUUGCUUCUGGAAUCUUCUUCCACUCCUCCAUGACAACAUCACAGAGCUCAUGGAUGUUGGACACCUUGCACUCCUCCACCUGCCUCUUGAGGAUGCCCCACAUGUGCUCAAUUGGGUUUAGGUCUGGAGACAUACUUGGCCAGUCCAUCACUUUAACCUUCAGCUUCUUCAGCAAGGCUGUUGUCAUCUUGGAGGUGUGUUUAGGGUCAUUAUCAUGUUGGAAAACCGCCCUACGGCCCAGUUUCCGGAGAGAAGGGAUCAUGCUCUUCUGCAGGAUGUCACAGUAUAUAGUGGAAUUCAUGUGUCCCUCAAUGAACUGCAGCUCCCCAGUGCCGGCUGCACUCAUGCAGCCCCAGACCAUGAUGCUGCCACCACCAUGCUUGACUGUAGGCAAAACACAUUUGUCUUGGUACUCCUCACCAGGGUGCCGCCACACACGCUGGACACCAUCUGAUCCAAACAGGUUUAUUUUGGUCUCAUCAGACCACAGGACAUGGUUCCAGUAACUCAUGUUCUUCGAUUCAUUGUCUUUAGCAAACUGUUUGCGGGCUUUCUUAUGCAGCGGUUUCAGAAGAGGCUUCUGUCUGGGGCGACGGCCAUACAAACCAAUUUGAUGCAGUGUGCGGCGUAUGGUCUGGGCACUGACAGGCUGACAUCCCACUUCUGCAACCUCUGCAGCAAUGCUGGAAGCACUCACACGUCUAUUUUUGGAAACCAACCUCUGGAUAUGACGCUGAGCACGUGGACUCAACUUCUUAGGUCGACCCUGGCGAGGCCUGUUGCGAGUGGAACCUGUCCUGGAAAACCGCUGUAUGAUCUUAGCCACUGUGCUGCAACUCAUUUUCAGGAUGUUGGCAAUCUUCUUAUAGCCAAGGCCAUCUUUGUGAAGCGCAAUAAUCCUUUUUUUCAGCUGCUCAGAGAGUUCCUUGCCAUGAGGUGCCAUGUUGUCCAGCGUUCAGAGAGAAUUGUGCCCAAAACACCAAAUUUAACAGCCUUGCUUAUCAUUUACACCUGAAUCCUUUUAACACUAACGAGUCACAUGACACCAGGGCGGGAAAACAACAUCAUUGGGCACAAUUAGGACAUGUUCACUGCGGGGUGUACUCACUUUUGUUGCCAGCUGUUUAGACAUUAACAGCUGUGUACUGAGUAAUUUUCAAAGGACAAUAAAUCUAUACUGUUAUUCAAGCAGCACACUGACUACUUUAAGUUAUAUCAAAGUUUCAGUAGGAUAAUGUUAUCCCCUGAAAGGAUAUAACAGAAUAUUUGCAAAAAUCUAAAGGGUGUACUCACUUUUGUGAUAUACUGUACAUGUAUAUCUUUGGCCUUAAAAAUGUACUGGGCUGCCCCAUCAUAGCAGUUCACGUGUACACCCCAUGUACAGAGGUUAUGUCUCUGUAUGCAUGUUGUAUGUUUCUGUCAUUUAUGUUCAAUAUUUUCCUUUUUUAAAUUAAAGACUUUGAGAUAAUUUUCAACUCAACUAAAGUGGAAAAUAAACAUCCUGAAUUUUGAGUCAAGUAACAUUUAGAGGUAGUCAAAACUUAAACUGCACCAAAUAAUGACGAUAAGAUAGUGUAUGAUAUUCAACACACCAUCAGUUGAAUGUGAUAAUGAUGGAAAGUGAAACUCUUUCCUGUGCAGUAGUAUUGCACAUAGUCUUAAAGGGUAAUGGACUGAUCGUUAAUACUGUGUAAUAUUCCUUUAUGUGUGUGUUUCUUUCACUCAGGAUCACCAGUACAACUGGGACGAUGGAAUCCACAGGGACCACCGGUCUGGACUGAGGCCAGCCUCCUCUGACAAGAGCAGCCAGGCCCAAAACUACAAGAACCAGGGCCGCUUUGCCACCAUAAAAUCAGCCUCACUGGUAAGUUGUACAAAAAUCUAACCUCUUUCUUUUCUGUUUUUCUUUUUCAGAUCCAAAAACAUGCACCUCAGGGGGUUCAGGAUCAAUUAUUUGUGAAACAUUCACCUCAGAAGUCAUGUUCCUUUGAAAGCCAAAAAAUAGAAAAUCUACUUUUUGCAGAAGCCAAAAUCUCUCUGAGAGUGUUGUGUUUACACCAGAGAGUCAUAUGAGGGCACAGAAGGGGCACUAUGUUGUUUUCUGCACUCAAAUCUGUCUGAGAAUGCGCCAGUUUAAAGUUGAUUCUGGGUGAUUUACUGUAAUGUGACUGCACAGAUCGAUGUGAUUAGAACGACAUCUAAAAGCAGAGACGUCUUUCCUUUUUGGACUCUCCUUUCACAACAACCUUUAUUUAGAGUUUUUUUUUUCUAGUUUUUACCUCUUUGAGCUCUGCGUCUCUGCUCUCCAGUUUCAUCCCUGUCUCUGUAAGAUCUUUGUUUCCUUGCCAUCUUACCUCUCAUUCACCUCACGCCUUUUGUUUUCUCUUCUUGUACUAUGCUUCACAUUACCACUCCCCUCCUGCCGCCCCCUCCUUUAUUUCCUCCUCUCCUGCACUUGACAAUACAUCACACUCCGAUCUUAACCAAUAUUCUGUCUUGAAGGGCUAGAGUCCUCUCUCUCUUUCUCUUUCUUUGUCUCUCUUACUCUCUCUCCCUCCCCGUCUGUUGUCAUGGAAACCAGCCCUAGUAACUUGUAAGUAGUUGUGGUGCUGUGUGUAAGUGUAUGUGAGUGUGUACCUGCUCACCCAUCCAUGACCCAUUGGUUUUAAUUGUGUGUUCCUGCUGCCAUCAGGUCUUAAACCCAACAUGAAAGAACCUGUGAAAUAAGGUGUGUGUGUGUCUGUGUGCGUGCGUGUGCACCUGUGUCCUUCUGCUGUCCUUGACCAGAGUGUGAAUCACACAGGGCUGUGAUUUUUUUUUUAUUUUGGACCACAACCUCUCGAUUGUUGUCCACUUUGACUUUGUGUAGAGAUGGCUAUGUGUCUCCGUCUCCUUCUGUUGUGCAAAAAUAAAGCCAAAAUAUCCUUGAUAGGAUAGGAUCAGUGACGUCACCUGUAGCCAGAGUGUGCGCAGUCGUGAGCUGGUGGUGCAGCGGUGUUGCUGUCCUGGUUUGUCCUCCAACCAAAACAGGCAUAUUACCUCCUUAAACCACAUCCAGAAAUCAACAUCAUGAGAUCUACAUAUAGUGAAGAAAACCAUUUCUAAGAAAGAAUGUACGACUUUUUAUUUAAUUUUCAACUUGGUCUAUGCCCCAUCUGUUAACAUGGAGGAAGCAGCCUUAUGACCCAUUCAGCACUCAAUCUUUUCAUUGCCUAAGAACCCACAGCUUUCAGUCAUCGACCGCCAGUCAAUUCAGACCAUACACUCUAUAUGGAAUGGACGCCAUCUGCCUCCUCACUGGGUGAACCCACCACAAGAACAGCACACUCUGGUGACAGGCUGCAGUAUAGGUCAUAUAUCCCGCCUCCUCCAGCAAUCCCUAUGGAGCUGUGGACAAACUUUCGAAAUUAAUGACACAGAAUAUACAUUUUUCUCCCCCCUGCUUGCGAUGUUGACAUGUAGUUACUGUAAGACUAGUUUGUGUUAUUACGGGGUUCAUGUUUUCUAUGAUUGACACUUGAUCCAGCCUAUGGGCAUACGAAGAUUGCGUAGCUCACCUAGGGGAUACGCUGUGUGAACCGAUCAUCAUCACAGCGACACUCGGCGACUCCCCCACCGGAUGCGUACAAUGCUACUGCGCAAGUGGUGGGUCCAGGAGGUGAAGAAAAUCCUGGAAAUACUGAGAGUUAUUCGAAUUCAUACAAUGGCGGAAGGUGGAGCCAAGUUGUCCAUAGCAUAUACAGUCUAUUGUCUAUGCCCUCACUCAAACAGGGGCAGGGCUGCAACUUUCAUCUGUAAUCCUUAGGAGCCAUCUUCCUUGUGCAGUGGGACAAGGAUAGAGUCGGAUUAAACCGCCAAUUUAAGCUAAAACUGCAGCUCAACUUAAAUUUGCAUGUAAAUGCACUAAAUUAGAUCCUCCUUACUUCUGUUUGUCACUUCUGUUUGAUGUUCUGUUGUGUCACUUUUAUUUCAACUGAUGUGAUUUGAAGCAAUCUGACCCUAAAUUGUCAUUGCUAACUCAUAAACUGGAGCAGUUUAUUCUGCUUCAGUGUGAUUUGCAAAGGAUCUCCUUUGCAAAUCUUUAUUAAUUGCUUCCGCGAUCUGUUUUAAGAAUCUCUUAAGCACUCAAAAACUGUCGGUAAACACGCCACACUUCUGUCUGACAAACAGUCACUGCAGAAUGUAAGUUGCAGUGGAUUAAAGUCAAACUGAAACGCUUCAGAUGUAAGCAGCUGAGGUGGCACAGACAGUGUCGGCGGUUCUGAGUGUCUGCCUGUCUUCAAAAGAGGCAGCAUCGUGUAAACCUCAGAAUCUGUGCCGUGUGAUAGCGCCAGUCCUGCCCGCCGGCGCUGAGAGGGAUGACAUCAUCUUUUUCUGUGGAGCGCAGACGUCCUCAGAUUGGCCUCGACUCGCUGAGACUGGAAUCAGCAGGUAGACAAAGAGAGACAGAGAGAGAGAGAGGAGAACGGAGGGUCCAGAUGGAGAGCGGUAAUGGAUCGAAAAGAGAGAGAGAGAAGUUGGAGAAAAGGGAAAGAAAAAGACAAGCAAGACAGGAUUUAAAGAUGAAAGACAAACAGCCAAUAUUAGAUCCUCAAAAAAACAAAGUAUGCAAAUUCCUGAGUGAGAAAAUGAGCUCAUACUUUCUAAAGACAGGGAAGGAAAUCAGAGCGAUGGAGGGAGAUUUGUAAGGAUUAGAGCAUGAAUGAAAGCGGCUGCAGAGGGUAAAGACACGGAGGACACAGACGCCACAUAUCAGGAGGCUAAAGAGACAGAUAAGCAAACAGGAGAGAGACAAAAGAGCACUGCAGAUUGAAAUCUGGACGGAUAAAGAAGGACAAAGUGAGAGGGGACUGGGCUUCAUUUCCCAGAGGUUACCUGAAGCAGAGAAAACAUGGAGAAAGAGAAGAAGAGGAGGGAAAAACGUAGAGCUGAAGGGGGGGGGGGGUGUAAAAGGAGAUGAAAGCAGGAUGAAAAAUCACAGAGGGAGAAGGAUGGAUGUAAAAGGGAGAGCAAAUGUGGGACAUAAGAGGCUGGGGAGAGGGAGAGCAGGGGUUAUUAUAGGUCAGAUAAAGUAAGAGACUGAAGAGACUAAGAAAAUUCCCCACAUGUGCAGCUCUGCUCUUCAUUAGGUUUGUCUCACCUGGCAGCUUGUAAACAUAUCAGCACGUCAGCCGCAGCAGCAGAGAAGCACAUGAGAACACGCUCCUUACAUCACCGUCAUAAUGCUUUUUUGGCAGCCAUUAGAAACAUGCUUUAUUGAUUUACAUAUCUACACAAAAACACUUUUCUCACAGGUAUACUGUGGAGUAUUUUCUUUCUCUUCAUCCCCUAUGAGGCCCAGAUAGACACACCAGAAGUACAGGACCCUUUGGAUUUGUGCAAACAGGAAAACAGGGUCUGUGGAAGCUCUCUGCAUCUCCUGUUUAUACAAAUGACUUCCCCACAUGUUACUCUACAUCUGCAACAACACUUGAACCACAGCCAUGUCUUCUUUUUCCUGUCUCGCACCUGACAAACAGCCAAAUGUAGGAAACAGCAUCGCAAGUCUUUAGGAAGAACACAGGCACAUCUCUUCUUUAACUCAAUAUUAGCUGUAUGCAUGAAAGAGCUGCUCACUUGUAUUACUCUGAGAGAGACUUCUUUUCACUCAUCAAUCUGCGGGCAUGAAGAUUCAGUUUUCUGCCGAGCAUCUUUCAUCUGCUGUAAAUUGAAUCAUUUCUUUUCAACUCUGAAUUCUGUCUGGAAAACAACCUUGACCCACCCGGUCAAAGUACUUCUACAUAAAUCAUCAAAAAAUGAAGAUCGAGACCAUCUGUACGCUUUUAUUUUAUAUUCAAUUUAUUAUGUUUCUGGACACAAGCGCACACACAUAUUUCUCCUCCCUGCUUCUUCCCUUCACUCGGCUUUGAUGUUUCCCUCUACACACACAUUUUAGACAAAUGUGUGUUUAGAGGUUGUGCUGCCUUUGUUUGGUUAUCAAGAAGCAGACUUUGGGUCGGUUCAUAUUCAUGGACACUUUGUGAACUCAGUAAACACUCAGAGCUCAAACUAUCCGUGUGUCUCAGUGACCUGUUUCUGUGAAUUCAAUAUAUUCACGAAUACAGAAAACAAACCGAUUUCUUCUUGCACAAUAACCUCACCUCCUCACAGUAAACAAUUUAGAAUUUCUUCCAUCUUUAUCCCCAAAAUAAGCAGAGUGACUAAUCUGCUUGAUUAUGGCUGAUCCUACUGAAACAUUUACCUUUAGCCUGCAGCCUGCUCCCCUCCUCCUCCCUCCCUGAAUAUGAUCUCCUUUCCAGCCCCUCAGGCUCGUGUGAAAGAGGCCGUCACAUGACGUGACUUGGCCCUUUGUGGCAGCAUGCAGGGUGGCGGUGAGGCAAGUGACUGGGAUUGGGAGCUGCUGUUACAGUGGGGUAUUGAUUCAGCCCAGAUUAAGAGGAGACGUGGGCCUCGACCUCCACCUCUCCCUCCCCCUGCUCACUUAUUCCGUUUAGAUGCUCUCAGUUAACUUCUCAUUAUUCCCUUUCUUCUAUUUCCCGUAACUCUCCCCCAGUCACUCUCCAUCUGCUGUUCCUCCUUCACACUCGUCCCCCCUCCCCUCAGCUCUCUGCUCGCUCCUCUCUGACCCCCCCUCUCCAACUUCUCUCACUCUUUCUCAAUGAGGUAUUCAUGUGACCCACCUGCUGUCCGCCGCUUAGCGUUAGCCCAACUAAAGAGCAGCUCUGUGCUCUUGUUGGCCCGCGCCGUCGGCCUGCCUCAUUCACAGUUCACACGCCUGCCUCGGCCGCUGCGUGCCCAGGGCGCGAACCAAGGAGAGGGAGGGGUCGGUUGGUGUGGAGGGGGGUUGUCGUCCAGUAAGGGUGGGGUCUCAGGGGUGGCAUUGGAGUGCAGACGAGGCUCUGCCAGGCAUAGGAUGCUGCACAAGGUUACUGGAUGCUGGUGCACUUGGCUAAAGUUGCCAUCAUGUUUGGCCUGAGGAGUUCAGGUGGAAGUUAUGAGAAGAUGCGGAGCGAGUACCAAAUUGACGUGGAGAACCCUUUCAGCCUUGAGGUUGGUUUAUGGAGGGGCCGAGUUUGCUUAGAAAAAUGAGUAGCAUUGCUCUGAAGACAUGUCACCAUGGUCUUAGCCUGAUUUUUUAACUUAUUCAUGUUUUUUGAUGCCUCUUUAAAAACUUUGAACUCCAUUUAGAGUCAAGUGCAGUAUUUGUGAGAGUUGUCUUAUCUGGAUAGGUGACGGAGAGCUGUGAUGGACCGAUAAAAGAGCUUUUGUUUGGCUCCAGUGGUAACGCAAUCUGAAGGAUUUCUGUUUUACAUUUCUUUAUUUCAUCCAAACACAGAGGAAAACUUUUUUCUUUAUUCACUUUUUUCUUGUCAAAGUUAUCUUGUAAAAAAAGCUGCCACUAAUUCAAAACUUUUUUUAACAAAUGUGCAGUUUUUCUUUAAAUUCAUGUUUUGCAUUUUCAAAAAAGGAGAGGUAAAGUGUUUCUUUUUGAUGCAUCUGAUUUUAAUUGUCAAAAAUUAGUUGGUCAAACAUUCCACUCUUUACUAUCCAAAGCUAUCCAAAUUCGGAUAUCCCCACGCUCACAUCUCCUUACUACUCUCCUUCCACAGGUGACCAAGCAGAUCCACGAGCAUGAGCAAGAGAGCGAGCUGCGGGAGCAGAUGUCGGGCUACAAGCGCAUGCGGCGGCAGCACCAGAAGCAGCUGAUCGCCCUGGAGAACAAGCUAAAGGCCGAGAUGGACGAGCACCGGCUCAAGCUGCAGAAGGAGGUGGAGACGCAGGCCAACAACGCCUACAUCGAGCUGGAGAAGCUGGCCAAACGCCACGCCGGGCAUAUGGAGAAGGAGGUGGGAUAUAUGCGAGGGGUUCACAGGGGCUUAUAGGACACGAUUGGAAAGGCAUGAGUGGACGCAUAAGAACAGUAACCCCUGAGUUAUUUCACAGAUGAUCACACUGACCUACAUGUAACAGGCAACAGUUGGCCAGGGGGAUAAGAUGUGCUGUGGAAAAACUAAGAAGGACACAGUGUUGGGGUUUACACCUGCUGUAGGAACUCUGAUCGAAAUGAUGUUUGUAACCGUGAAUCAGCAGCUUCAGUCUGACUGAAUACAAAGGAAAGUUUUUAACUUUACACGCUGCUGCCACCCAAUGAUACAUGAGAUGAAACACAAGGGCAGAAGUGGGUCACAGAAUGUCAUGCUCUGAAAAACAAGCUGCAUAUCUCUGUGAUUAGCAGGCAGACUGCCCGACCUGCCAGGGCCUGGAGAUAGUCUAUCUGUUCAUGUACAGUGGACCAGCCUGCACUCACAAACAGCUACAUCAACAUUCAACCUCACAUUUAGGGGACAUGUCACAUUGGUAGACCUGUCAGAUAUCCAAUUUCCUUUAGUCUGGCAAUUCAUUUCCAUUUUUCAUCAGAGGCCUCUGCUGCACUAUGUUGCAGCUUUGGCUGUUUCAUGCUGCAAAAAAAUCCAAAAUAAGCAAAUAAUUUUGUCUUAUUUCUGGUCAAAAUAUCUUGAUGGACUUACAUAAGACAUAAAAGACUACAAAUACAACAAAAGAUAUGCAGUUGUGUUUUGAGUAGAACUUCUAACAUAUUUGAAUAUUUGACUUUUUAUAUUUGAAUAAGUUCCUUGACAUAAGAACAUUUCUUACUCCCAUCAGCAGAUCAUGUUCACUCACUACAAGCAACUCAGGUCUGAUUUUUGAUUCUAGUGUCUUGAAAUAAGAUGUUUGUUUUCUGGACUUUUCAAGUGAAUGUGUCUUACAGUAAGUCUAAAAAGACAUUUUACCAGAAUUGUGAUACAAACACUUUCUUGGUUUUGAUUGUUAGCAGUGCAGGACUGGACCAGAAAACAGAAACACUAUCGUACUGCUGACACUAUGAUUUCAUUCUGCCUACCUAAAUAUGCUCAUAAUUUUACAGUCUGUCAAUGUGUGAUGGUGUAUUUCUACAUCUGUCACCAGGAAAAAUAAGCAAAAGACAUCAAAAGCCCCAUUGCAUCUGUCUUUGACUAGUGCUGCUACAGUAAAACUGAAGAAGAAUGUCUGCAAAACAUCCGAUUGAUAAGAUCUGUGAUUCAUCUGUAGCUCAUUUUAUGCUAAAGUGGGUUGAUUGAGUGUUACAAAGCAUGUAGUUGUUUCUCUGUGUUGUCUUUUUUUUCAACUUGAUUUUACUUUUAGCAUAUUGAAAAAAUAGUCCAAAAGAUUUAUUAUCGGCAUUCUGAGAAUGACAUAAAAUUCAUGGCAGAAAAGAUGGAUAGUAACAGCAGAGGAGAGAUAAAACAUAAUAAAAGAGAGGAAAAGGGGAAAAUCCCUUCCAUGCUAAGCUAACAGCCCCUCUCCCCGUCCCUCUCCUUUUUUCUGUCUCUCCCCUCAGAUGAAGACAGCGCUGACGGAUGAGAAGAAGUUCCAGCAGCAGAUGGUUGCCCAGCAGAAGAAGGAGCUGACCACCUUCCUGGACAAUCAAAAGAAGCAGUACAAACUCUGCAAAGAGAAGAUUAAGGAGGUGUGCCUCUUUCAUUGCUUUUUCCUCCUCCUUUGUACGCCUCUCUCUCUCUCUCUCUCUCUCUCUCUCUCUCUCUCUCUCUCUCUCUCUCUCUCUCUCUCUCGUGGAUGACACACGGGCUCCUGUGUGCUGUUUACUGUUGAAUCAGCCCUCCUCCACACUAACAUGCACAUUCAGUACCUCUGAAACGCUCUUCUCUGAGAUGUGUUGAGUCAUGCGGCCUACUCACUAUGUUCCUACACAUGUAUCUACACACACAAACAAGAGAAAAAAAAACACAUGUCCAGAGUGUACACAACCUUGAAAGUGAGAGAAAUUGCUCCUGUGGGCUGCCAGUGUCAUCCACUGUGUUUUUCAGUGACGAGAUAAGUGACCAAAAUUAGGUCAGCGCAGUUAAAAGAAAGCGUGGCUGGCAGGGAGAGAUAUUUCCCACCAACUGAGGGCUGGAACCGAAUUAAACACCACAGAGAGCAGGGAUCAGACUCAUGUGUGAAGUGCAUUAGCUGGAGUUGUAGAUUACCUUAAAGCCCAUGAAAGAGACAGAGCGCUCACACUGAGGAGGGAGUGAUGGGCCAAAACUGUUGUUCUGACCCCUCUCUGGCUCUAAAAGUCAUCAGCGCUGUCAAACAGAAAGUCAAAUGCAGUUUGACUUUGCUCCAACUACAAACAGAAAGUGUUUAUCAAUAUAUUAAGAGGGUUUUUUGUUUUCUCAUCGGAAAAACAUCCAUUUUUACUCAAAGUCUGGACAUUUAAAGCUCAGUUGGACUUUUAGCUUCUAACAUAUUCACUGGUUCAGACUGUAUCAAAGUCAGUGUUCCUAACUCACUCCAUUAGGCCUCAUUCACCAGUGUUUCUUAAGGUUUUUCCUUGAUUUCUGCAUUUCUGAGGACAUUUCUGCAAUAUUUAAGGAAAACUUGAAAUAAGAAACUAGAUACAGCAUCUGUCAAAUUGAGAUAAAGGCAGAGGGUGGAGCAACACCUCACUGCAUAAAACUUUGCAAACAAACAACAUCAGCGUACAUGCCAUCAUCCCAUUCUAAUAAUGUUCAAAUUUACACAAGGCCAUAGUUCUUGAAGCAGCGGUUGCAGGUUCGAUUCCCAGGAACGACCCUUCACUGCAUGUCUUCCCCCCUUUCUUUACUCCCUGACAUUCCUGUCUCUCUCUUUAGCUGGCCUGUCUUAUAAAUGCAAAAACACUUGGAAAAAAAAACAAUCACUUACUGGAACAGCUCUGAUAAAUCAACAACCUUCUUUAAAUGGUACACUGCCACAUAGAAGCAUUGUUUAUCAUACUUUUAUUUCAACGUUUUUUUCGGUCUUGUUUUAUUUCCUUCAUUUUAAAGCCAUGCUUUUAUUUUGAAGUGGUUUUCUUCUGGUAGAUCGUAAUUUGUAAACUGAAUAAAUAAGUUUCAAAAACAACUGGAAGGUUGAAAAUAUUAAAUUGAUAAGCAACCAGGAAAGUCUCAAGUCCUUAAGAGAUGUAUCAUGUAUCUUUGAAUGUUAGUUUUUGAGAGUGCCAAAUCAUCUCUUGUUAUGGCGUCUUUUCUCUCCUUCAUUUUACAAUGUGCAGCAGCCAACCGGCAUAAAGGAAGGACCACUAUUAUGAACUCAGGAUGUUACUGUUUUCUCCCUUUAGCACAAUGUUGACAUUUCAUAUUUAAAAACUGUGUAGAAAAAUGUUUGAAAUUCUGUAGUGUUGAGGUGUGUUGUUAUUAGUGGGAACAAGUCUUUUUUUUCAGCAUUAGUUCUUGUUAAAUUUCAGACUUUAGUGUGAUUAUUACUUCAGUUUGAUGUCCAAUGUAGUUAUUUUUUUUUCCCUAAUCUUACUUUAAAAUUCAUAAUUUCCUGUAUUUUAACAUUUUUGAGUGAGCUCUCAUUAGAUCUCUGACAUGAUGCCCUCACAAGAUGAAAAAAAUAACUCCUUAUCUUCUCCUUUGAAUUGUGUGCAGGAGAUGAACGAGGACCACAGCACACCCAAGAAGGAGAAGCAGGAGCGUCUGUCUAAGCACAAGGAGAACAUGCAGCAUUCCCAGGCCGAGGAGGAGGCCCACCUCCUCGGCCAGCAGAGAGUUUUCUACGACAGGAACUGCCGCGGCUUCAAACGCAAAGUGAUGAUCAAGAGACACGACCUGGAGCAGGAGCAGAUCAGAGAGGUGUGGAGGAUGAACAUUUCUGGAAACAUCUCAUACUCUUGAAUAAGUGAUACACUUAAACAUGGACCCAGUUUUUAUACUCACCUAUUAAAUAUCAAAUCAAGUCGACCCAAAUCAUAUUUUCCAGGAGAGUUAGAAUGAAAUCAAUUCCCUUGUUUAUUUGGGAGGUUUUUUUUUGGUGAUGGUGGAAAAUAAGGUCCAAUGAGAUUAUAAAAACAAAAAAUGUCUUUGUCAGCAAAAAGCUGCGUUUUUUUCUUCAUAAUUACGCCUAUUGUUCCUCCGAUCUAUGAGGUGUUUCCUAUUAACUAUAAGAGGAUUACUGCAGGGUAAAGCAAGGCAACAAUGUCAUAAUCUGAAAAGCUGCUGUGUAAAUCGGAGAAAUGAUUGGAAGCUCCCAAAGCUGUCUGAGGGAAAACACGCGAAACUCUCAGUCACGUUUUCAAUAAUAGUCUGAAAGUUUGGGUUCAAAGGAAAGGGAAGUGUUCUUCGGAUAGAAAAGGACUGAAAAUACUUGAACUGGUCAUGUUUAUAGAUUUUGAAGCUGUUGAGGAUGGCAGUCAGAGUUUUAACCUGAAACACACAGAAGAUUUGAUUUCCACUCAUGAAUGUCACAUUGAAAAAUAAGCAGCACAGACGAUCCAAAUCAACGCCAAUCAUGCAUCCUCUCCCUCUCUUUCUCUACUUGUCCCUUUGCAGGAGCUGAACAAGAAAAAGACCCAGAAAGAGAUGGAGCACGCCAUGCUGAUCCGCCACGACGAGUCCAUGCAGGAGCUGGAGCACCGGCAGCUAAAGACCUUGCAGAAGCUCCGCAUGGACCUGAUCCGCCUGCAGCACCAGACCGAGCUGGAGAACCAGAUCGAGUACAACAACCGGCGGGAGCGUGAACUCCACCGCAAACAUGUGCUGGAGCUCCGGCAGCAGCCCAAGAACCUCAAAGUGAGUCGGCACACAGACGCCGAAGUGUUUCAUCCAGAUGUAGAGAUACAGGCGUUUCAAAUUCAAGGUGCAAAAAAGCCUUUCUGGAUUUCUUUUGUUUCAAGAUUCGUUUUUUAAAAUUUAUUUUUCUGCGUGUUUGAAAUGUUAAGCUGUAUCCACCUCUAAGAUGGUGCAAGCUGUGAGCAACAUCCUUUCUGUUUGGAAGAUUUUGAUAAAACACUGAUGCAAUAUGGAUGUAAUGAAUUAAUUUGAAAAAAAAUGGUGAGAGAACAUGGAAGAUGAGUCACCCCUGAACGUCAUCCCAGUUUGAUUUGCUCCUAAGAGAUACGGUGAAGAGGAAUUUAGCCCCUGGGUUAUUUUAAACCUUUAACCUGAGCGGCUCGAUUCUUCAUUUGUGACAAACGAUUGACAGAAAAGUCAAAAAAACAAGGUCUGAAUCUUCUCUAAAUUCAACCGUCUCAGUCAAUUCUCAAUGCUUCUCCGUCCCCACGACCAGGCUCUGGAGCUGCAGAUCAAGAAGCAGUUCCAGGACACAUGUAAGGUGCAGACCAAGCAGUACAAGGCCCUGCGCCACCACCAGAUGGAAGUGACGCCCAAGUCCGAGCACAAGAUAGUGCUCAAGGCCCUAAAGGAUGAGCAGACACGCAAGCUGGCCAUCCUGGCCGAGCAGUACGAGCAGAGCAUCAACGAGAUGAUGGCCUCACAGGCGGUGAGCAGAGAGACGUUUCCAUGAUCUCUUCUUCCUCUACAAUCACUCCUUCUUCCCACAGACCCAGACAUGACCAUUUCAGAUACCAAAUUUAGAAAGUAGGAGAGUUUUUGUUCACUGUUGCUAAUUUUUUUUUUACUUUUCUCCUCCUUGUUUGUCCUUGUCUUGUUUUUCCUCUUCGUCUUUCCAUAAUACCUCACCCUUUUGUAAAUCUCUCACCCUUCCUCUUCCUCCCCCCUUUCCACUGUCUGCCCCUGUUGCCCUUCCACUUUCCUUCACCUCUUCCUCUCCGUCUUCACACCCUUUCACUCUGUACUCUCUAUCCCCUCUUUCUCCUCUCUUCCCUUCUUUGUGUCUCAUCAAUGUACCCCUACCCUCCACCCCUCAAUCGACCAUCUCUCUCUGCCCCCCCACCCCCACCCCACCCCCCAAUUGCGGUCCAUGGUGGGCUGUGUCAGCUGCGUCUGGACGAGGCCCAGGAAGCUGAGUGCCAGGCCCUGAGGCAGCAGCUGCAGCAGGAGAUGGAGCUGCUCAAUGCCUACCAGAGCAAGAUCAAGAUGCAGACCGAGGCGCAGCACGAGCGCGAGCUGCAGAAGCUGGAGCAGAAGGUGUCGCUGCGCCGGGCUCACCUGGAACAAAAGGUGUGGUGGAGCAAACACUCCUUCAAUAGAUUGUUUCAUUAAAGCUGCGGUCGUGGCUUCUGGGCAGAAAACAGAGAUCACAAAUGAAUGAAAGAGGAGCGAGCUCUUCCUACUAUUGAAGAGGAUGAACAAAUUAAUUAAAACUCUGAAAAGCAAGAAAAGACGCAAACCCUUACUGGCAGGUCAGCAUGAUGUUUUUUUUUUUUUUUAAAGAGUUAAAGAAAUUGUAUUCCUUCAUGAAAAAAAAAAAGCUCUGCUAACCCGCCCUUCCUAUUUCUCUUCAAAGACAGCUUACAACUUGAGUUCAGUAAAGGUCAAGUUUGUUUAUCUGCUGCAGCCGAAUUUUUUCUUAAAACUUCAGACAAUUAGUUUUUUUAAAUGGAAGGAGAAGAAGAAGACAAAGAAAAGGAAGCAGAGGGUGACGGUAAUUUAAGACAAAAAAAGAAACUAAUAAUAAUUUACAAAUGAAAAUUCUGCUGACAAGAGGCAACAAAAAAAACAACAGAAAUAAGAGUGAUUAAAGAUAAAGCUUUAUUUUAAAUCUAAAUUGUAGUUUUCAAUCUAUUUAAGUAGAUUUGGAACAGUCUCAAUCCAGUCAGUGUGUUUUUAAAUAAAAGGUCAAUUGUGUGAAGCCUUUUAGUCAGCUAUUAUUACAGUAACUGUGUUUGUUUGCUAAAAAUUAAGCUCACAAAGUAGAAGAAUAACACCUCAUAUUUGAUUGUUUUGUUUUUUUAAUUUAACCUUAAUUUAACCAAGUCAUAAUAACCCACUGGAGUCCAGAUCUCUUUAACAAGGGUGACUUGGCUGAGAGGUCAGCAGCACGCACCUUCAUGAAUAUUACAUUAUUAGGAGACAGAUUACAGACAAGGCCUUACAUGACCGUCCUCAGAAACUGAUGAGACAUACAGCAAAACAUAAAAUGUGAUUUUAACCUCUCUUUUAGCUCUCUCCCGCUAUUCUUCAUGCUACAAAUUCAGAUUCUGCAGCUGUGUGAGCGUGCACCUAAACACAACACCAUGACUGCCUGCUUUAAUCCUAAAUCAUGCAACUUACAAUGAUCAUGCAGCUCGACAGAAACUGGCUUUUUGCUCCAUUUUGGUCACUUAAAUACCCGUGGACACCUCACUUGAGUGACUCGUGACUGUUUCAUACUACUAUAGUGCCAGGAAAAUUAGUGACGUGAUGAUGGCAAAGCAUUAGUCACAAAAAAAUGUUUGUCGUACUUUUUCACAAUGACCUCCUCUAACAGGACUUAAAGUGAAGCACACACUGUAAGUAUUUAAGGAUUAUACAGAACCAAAGCAUGCAAACAAAGUACGCAGACAAACACAAACGUGAAAAUGAGUUGAAUCCCGAACAGUCAAGUGCUUCUUCAUGAGCUCAUCCUGGUGCUGAUGCAGACAGGUCCAGAUACAGAUUUGCAUCCACCUCAGCAAGCAGAGCGAGCGUUGAAAAGCGACCCAGACAGUCAGUCAUGAGCUCACACAGACUCACACAGACACACACGCAGAUUUCCCUCACCACAGGUGGUGAUGACAGUGGCAUGCCUUCCUGCAGGGAGCAGACAGCCUUUUCUCUCCCACACACUCAUAACGCUUGUUAAAUCUGCACACUGCAGUAUUGUCUUCUUAUUAAAACAUAUUUUUGUCACCCACCCGGUUAUAAUGAGAAACAUUUACUGCAGAGUUCUUGUUGUUCUCUUAAAUCCGCUUUUGUACGUGUCAAAAUGUAACUGCGGCACAGAUUCCUGAAAUGUUAUGUUUUUUUUAAAUGUUGUUAUCAUCUAAGAAGUGACUCAAAUGAAGACACCUUGAGUCCAGGUUCAUACUGGCAGCUUGUCUUUAUGCUUUCCUCUUGAGUUCUGCUUUUUCCACACAGUUUCAUUGUUCGGCGUCACUUUUUUGGCCUGCAUGAUACUGAUGGAGACACAUCGUUGAUGGGUUAAUUCAGGCUACCUGUGGUGUAUACAAACAGCAUGUGAUCAGAUUAGAAACACGCCGUGCACGCCUCUUUCCGAAGUGACCGACGUCAUCGACACAGUCUAGUAGACAGCACUCCGACAACAAAGGAGUAGACGUUUGAAAUGCCGCCCUGAUCCAGUUCUGCUGGGUCCACCAGAGUCUGGAGCGAGCUGCAGUGCUCUGUCGCCAUCUCCUGGCUGCGUUGUGAUCUGCACUCAGGGACUAGGAUGAUGUCAUGGUUUUCAGAAGCACUAUUGUCCUCGGGUUCGGUUCAUGGUCAAAGUCUGGAGUUUUCUGUGCAUGCUCAGUAGUUGGCCAGAUUGCCGUAUUGCGCCAUGCAGUGUUUGUCUGCACCUGUGGAUGUGUGUGUGUGUGUGUGUGUGUGGAGUUUGUGUGGGAGCUGGACUGAAAGAGCCUGCAGACACAGCUCCUGACAACACAAACUUGACGCAUUCACACCUUGUGACACACAGCGUGACAGUGCACAUUGAAACCUUCAUCAUUUACGCAGAUGGGACACAUUUUAUGGCUAUUUUGUAGGCAUGAGUAAAAGAGCUACAACUGUUGCAGAAAAAAAACCCAAAAUAAAUCUGCAGUGUCGUGAAAACCAACUGAACGCAGUGUUUGUAAAGGUUACAGUGCGACAGUGUCAGCGCUGUUGUGCGGCUACAGUACAGUAUAUGUAUCCAGCUGCACUACACUUCAAAGGCUUCUCUAUUACCCGUGUCUAACUCCUGCUAAAACUGACAACAGGCAUUAGAUGUGGGAGCCAGCUGAGGUUCCACCCAGAAGCUAGUCUGAGAUAAGGAUUAUUAAAAACUACAAAUCACAGACCACAGCUUUUACUCUCUUUGCUCCACAAGAGAUCUCCUGCAGGGCAGUCAAGGUGUGUCUCCACUGUGUGAUUUACAUCACCUCUUUACUUUCCCGUGGGUUCUGACAUGCCUCUUAAAAAAGCACCCUAAACUUUGAAGUUACAAGUACAAGUACAAAAAGAACAAGCACUUUGCACACUGUCCAUGCUGAAAAUCUGCAGUCUUGUAGUUUUUACUUUUUAAACUCCAGCUUUCAACUCAGUUUUCAGCCAAAUUCCAGUUUUUAUCCCUAACCCUGACACAACAGAUAUCACAGGGAAAAAAAGGUCUUCUCCUCAAUCUCCACCAAUCCACCCUUAGUAAGACUUUACAAACAAGGCUAAAAGACUGAAUAAAAACUUAAAUAUUAAAGAAGGAAGCAUAAUUAAGUCUGCUUUAGCCCAAAAUAUUCCAAAGACUCAAUUUUUUAGAACUCAGACCGAACUAGUAAAGCAGGAAAAAACUAAUCUCGAUAAACUCUAAAUGUGUUCCCUGCAGAUUGAAGAGGAGCUGGUUUCCCUUCAGAAGGAAAAAACCGACCGGGUCAAACACUUGCUGGAGCGUCAAGAGCGCGAGAUCGAUAACUUCGACAUGGAGAGCAUGCGGCUGGGCUUCGGUAACCUGGGCACCCUGGACCUCCCCAAGGAUGACUACAGAUGAGGGGCUGCUGUCGCCGGUGUUUCCACCGCCGUGAUCCCCCUGAGCGUCUGUCGUCUGCCUCAGUACUCCCUUCCCUCUCCUCUGACCCACCUGACCUGACAGUGCAGGUGUCCACUGCUGCUGACGCCCCCACUCAAACACACAGACGCAACAAAAACUAUCACAAAACAGCUCCAGAAUCAGCUGGUUUCUGGGCGGCUCUGAGAGUCCAGGGCAAGUUUCAGUGCCCCAGAAAAAACCACCUGAACUUCAUCCCUCUCCUUGCGCCUCAUGGUGUCACAAGACGACAAAAAAAAAGAUGCUGGAUCCUGUAGUUGUCAUGUUUUUGUAAGAAUACUGAUAACAUAGUGACGGUGUUUCUCAUUUUUGUGCAAUGAUGACACUUUUGGCGUGACUAAAAGUGGACGAGGAGAGAAGGAGGGAGAGAAAAACGAAGGGGCAGUACAGUGAGCGUAAAACCUGCAUUUUUAGAGGUGAUUCAUUUCUUUGCUAGUUGCAAAAACAAAAAAAAAUCUGUCAAAGCGAUAAAUCAAAACAACCGAUCCUCCUGCAGCCGCCACUCGAAUGCGCUGCUUCUUCAAACCUUUUUGGUAUUUAUUCAUCAGGACAUUUUUAUGACAAAUUUGGAUAAUUUGAUACUCUGAGAGACAAAUAUCACGUUGUAUAUAAAGGUACGCUUCUGAAAAUGUGACUCCCUCGAGUGAUUAUGGAGGGGAGCGUGAAUCAUGGUACUCGAUAUGUGUAUCGUACUGAUUUCUCUGCACUGGCAGCCAAUGUGAAUAAUGAUAAUAGUACAUGUGACACGUGAAAUCCCAGCUAGCACAAAGGGCUUCAUGGGGGGGGGGCUUGGGGGCGGGGCUUGUACUUUGUGUAUAGAAGGAUUUAUGGAGAGCUUUUACUUAUUUUCGUAUCGUAUUUUAACUGUCACUCAAAUCAAAACAGAAUUUUUAAAGGCGCUUUUUUCCCUCCCCCCUCCUCAGAUAGUAUUUGAGGCGCAGUCAUCCGUCUACGGGACUUUUUUUUUUUUUUUUUUGCUUUACACAACUCUCAAGCUGUGUAUUUUCUUACAGACCAGACCAGUAUGAUGCUUUAUUAUUGCAUGCACUUUAAUUUUUUUUUUCCAGGUUCAAAGAAAGCAUGAUUCUGUCAGAGCUUUUAAUUAUAUUUGUAAAUAAAGUGCUCAUCACACAAAACAAGGACGUGUGGAUGCAUAUGUGUCUAAUAUCAAGUUACAAUGUCGUCAGAUUUACUGUUUUGAGAUGGAAAUCAAGAAAAUAAAGACAUUUUUUUUAAAAACUGGGUUACAUUCAAACAA